AUGGAGACGUUCACUGUACAUUUGGCGGUAAAAGAAAAGGUAUGUGGCACACUGCAGGUUCUACUGGAGGACUUCUCCAAAGGAUUGAAAGAGAAGUUGGGGAAACACUUACACAACAUUCAACACCAAUACUCCAAACUGAGAGAAUUAAAAGAGAAUCUGCAGAAAGAGGAUAUCAUCGUGCAUAUUGACUUUGCAGAGAACUACCUGUGUAAAUAUACCAGUGAAAUUCAGGCAGUUCACUUUGGUGAUUCUCACAAGCAGGUGACACUCCACACCUGUUUUGGAUAUACUACAAAUGAUAGUUUCACUUUGCUCUCUGAGCUCUUCUACAGUGAGGGGUAAAAAGUAUUUGCUGAUUUUGUAUGUUUGCCCACUGACAAAGACAUGAUCAGUCUAUAAUUUUAAUGGUAGCUUUAUUUGAACAGUGAGAGACAGAAUAACACAAGAAAAUCCAGAAAAACACAUGUCAAAAAUGUUAUAAAUUGAUUUGCAUUUUAAUGAGGGAAAUAAGUAUUUGACCCCUCUGCAAAACAUGACUUAGUACUUGGUGUUCGUAAAUUCAGUGCAUUGUCAGAUUGUCCGUUCACACUGCACAAAAAAUUAAGCGAACCGCACUGAGUUCACAAAAAUUGUCUGAAUGGGACCAAGUGUGAAAACACCCAAACUAUACUAAACCAGAACAUGUCUCUCCAGUUGCACCCCAAGGUUUUGAACAGUUGUAUAUAUUUUUUAACAUAGACGUCAGUUCAACGUCUAGUUUUGAUUUACAUUUGAGUUGUUAACUAAUGUGAAAUCAACAAACAUUUUAACUGUGUCAUUGGAUUUAGGUUCAAAGUUGGGUGAAAAAAAUACAAAACGUCUCUAAAUUCCUUUACGUUGAUGACUUUUUGCAAAUCCAAUCAGUUUUCCACGUUGAUUCCAUUACAUGGAAACAACAUUGAUUCAACCAGGUUGGGCCCAGCGGGAACCUAUACUGAACUAGUAGCCUAGCCACAUCUCUCUUAGUUUCUGUGUAAAGGUGCUGAGCCAGAUGCACCCCAAGCUUUUUAACAGUUGAUAAAAAAAAAAAAAAGAUAAUCAACACAACCUAUACUGAACUAAUACAUGUUUACCACAUUCAGUAUGAGUUGAUUAAUUUUUUUUAUCAACUCAUACUGAACUAAUACACAUCUCUGUCUCUGUGAAGGUGCUGAGCCAGGUGCAUCCCAAGCUGUCGUCCCAGGAGGAGGCGCUGCAGUACAUCGAGGAGCUGAUCCUACUGCUACUCAGCAUGCUCUGCCAGGCACAGCCACGCAGCGUGCAGGACGUGGAGGUGAGGAUCGGUGUCAAUAACGCAACAGUGUCUGGACCUAAAACCUUGUCGACUCCCAUUUUUACAGAGUAUAAACAGCGGGGGUUUUACACACUUCCAAAACAAUAACAGGAGCUUUGGACAAAAAGGUCCAAUACAUAGAGUAAAAGGGAAUGUGUGCUCAGUGUUGUUUUGCCCUCACAUGUGAUAUUUUACUAAAGCUUAGGCCCAGGUGAUAAAAUCACAACAUUUCAAUCACAAUUAAGUUGAAUCGUUGUGAUUGUGUUGUCGAAGUUGUAUUAAAGGAUCCCGUUUGGGAGCAGCAAAACAGUGAGCAGACUUUACCUUUCAGAGUCCCUCAGGGCAUCAACAACAAACACAUCAAUUAACUAUGGCGAGGUAGAAGUUGCUUCUAAACCACCGGUCUAGGAUCAGACUACUGUUCCCCUGAUCGUCACUUUAACCUAUCGUCUGGGAAAUAGACUGACCCUGGACCAGUGGUUAGGGGCUACUUUUACGUAAAGGGGCGAUCAGCAGUUGCUACACUGAACAAAAAUAUAUAAACGCAACAUGUCAAAUGUUGGUCCCAUGUUUCAUGAGCUGAAAUAAAAGAUCCCAGACAUUUUCCAUACGCGCAAGAAGCGUAUUUCUCUUCAAAUUUGUUUACAUCCCUGUUAGUGAGCGUUUCUCCAUUGUCAAGAUAAUCCAUCCACCUGACAGGUGAGGCAUAUCAAGAAGCUGAUUAAACAACAUGAUCAUUACACAAGUGCACCUUGUGCUGGGGACAAUAAAAAGCCACUCUAAAACGCAGACCACGUGUAAACACGCCAGCCCAGGACCUCCACAUCCUGCAGGAUCGUCUGAGACCAGCCACCCAGACAGCUGAUGAAACUGUGGGUUUACACAACCGAAGGAUUUCUGCACAAACUGUCAGAAACUGUCUCAGGGAAGCUCAUCUGCAUGGUCACCGUCUUCACCAGGGUCUUGACCUGACUGCAGUUUGGCGUCGUAACCAACUUCAAUGGACAAAUGCUCACCUUCGAUGGCCACUGGCUCUUCACGGAUGAAUCCCGGUUUCAACUGUACCCGGCAGAUGGCGUCAUGUUUGGCGAGCUGUUUACUAAUGUCAACGUUGUGAACAGAGUGCCUCAUGGUGGGGUUAUGGUAUGGGCAGGCAUAAGCUACGGACAACGAACACAAUUACAUUUCGUCGAUGGCAAGUUGAAUGCAUAGAGAUACCAUAACGAGAUCCUGAGGCCCAUUGUCGUGAUAUUCAUCAUCACCUCAUGUUUCAGCAUGAUAAUGCACGGCCCCAAUGUCGUAAGGAUCUGUACACAAUUCCUGGAAGCUGAACAUGUCCCAGUUCUUCCAUGGCCUGAAUACAAGACAUGUCACCCAUUGAGCAUGUUUGGGAUGCUCUGGAUCAACGUGUACGACAGUGUGUUCCAGUUCUCGCCAAUAUCCAGCAUCUUUGCACAGCCAUUGAAGAGGAGUGGGACAACAUUCCACAGGCCACAAUCAACAGCCUGAUAAACUCUAUGCGAAGGAGAUGUCGCGCUGCAUGAGGCAAAUGGUGGUCACACCAGAUACUGAUUGGUUUUCUGAUCUACACCCCAACAUUUUGUUUAAGGCAUCUUUGACCAACAGAUGCACAUCUGUAUUCUCAGUCAUGUGAAAUCUAUAGAUUAGGGCCUAAUUUAUUUAAAUUAGCUGAUUUCCUUAUAUGAACUGUAACUCGGUAGAAUCUUUGAAAUUGUUGCAUGUUGCGUUUUAUAUUUUUGUUCAGUGUGUAUCCAUUUAUGGACUUAUAAAUUAAUGAUUUGUACACAUUCAUUCUUGAAGAAUAUAACUUAUAAAUGCCUCAUGACCUUAGUUCAACUGUCAUACCCUAUCAGAACCCAAAAUAUAAGCUUGUUUUACUCCAACGUUUGUAAACAAACUAUAAUUUUGGUAUCAUUGAUGGCCAGUCCUUGCAUCCAUAGCUCUGUCUAUGAAUUUGAGAGUGGUUACAUUUCUCCAGCCCCAUCCCAAACCAGGGGCGGGGAGUCCGCUUUGUCAUUGUUUCUACUGCGGAUUGCCUCUUUUAAUUUCCCUCACAGUCACAGCAUAUCAUAGCAUUCAGCUACAUUUUAUUCUGUAGCAGACACAUUUUUUUAAUGACAGCUGGUGACGUCAGGGUUGCAGUAAAAGAGGUUGUUGAUUUAGGUGCCCUCACAAAAAGGGGAAAUGAUCAGUGUUUUAUGAUCAGAUCUUUUAAGCUCAGAUCGUGAUGUUCUUUAGACGGUUUGUUUUGCACUGAGAUAUAGUGACCGGUAGAAAAGUUAAGCUAUUUGCAGACAUGUAUUUUGACUCAUUACUUUGACAAUAAUUUCAACAGAACUCCCAACAGUCUCAUAUAUAUUUAGAAUAUGAUUACCUUUUUAGUUCUUGUUUGGUUUUAUGUCAUUGAACAGGAUAAUGUUUUCUUGCACAUCAUCACACUAAUGGCUACUACUACUGUGUUGCUUUUUGCUUUUCUGUAAUAACUGACAUGAGCUAAUGCAGAAAACAUCUGAAAUCUUGCUUUGUUCAGUCCAUGUUUUAGAUGGCCAACCUGUUUUCACCUCUUGCUUUUGUUUUUGUUUUGUCCACCUUGACUCAUUUUUGCGAGCAGACGGAUCACAUGAAAUCCGCAGGUGCUUUUUAGGGCCCAUGGCCCUAGUCAUGGGGCAUGGUAAAGUCGAACCACGGAUAUGUGGUCUCUUUUUACCAUGUUUACUCCUCCCUUAGUUCUGUGCUCUCUGACCUCUCCCUGUGACCCUGUCUGUAUGAACUUUAACCCUUGACCUGCGCAUCCUUUUUAACCCUUGACCUGCCUGGGUUGGUAACUGACCACACUAAUUUGUGCUUGUGUAUAUUGUAAUGUUUGAUACCCUCUAAUAUACAACACAAACAUUUGUAAAUGCCUAGGCCUCAGAAAGCCUAUGUCAACCUGAAGUUGUUGACAUAAGCACUUAUGAAUGUUUAUGUAGUGCUUAUGAAGGUGUCAUGCGUUAACUGUGGAUGUAUUUUGUAGUUCUCACCAUUUUUGAAGGGCUACAGUAACUCUUAGCCUAACUCGUACGUCAAGGGACAUCUUGGUAGUGCCUGCAGCGGAAGUGUGACAUGACACUUGACAUGUACAGUCGAAAGCAUUCGUACACCCGCCCUCCCAUUGACAUAACCUGUUAGAUGUCCCUUUUAAGGGAAAAGUCCCAUGUGAAACGUCUGCGACAAUAAAACAAUGGUGAAUGCAUGGAAAUGCUUAUGUCAAGUGUUGUGAAGUGUCAUAGGACAGUUUGAAGGAGGAGGAGGCAUGUUUGCUUUGCCUAUGGAUGCAGCAUCAAUAGAGUACCAGGAAAUAUGUAAUUUAAGUAAAUAAGAGAUAAGUAAGGCUGCAUCCCAAAUGGCACCCUAUUCCCUAUUUAGUCCACUACUUUUGACAAGGGCCCAUAGAGCUCUGGUUAAAAGUAGUGCACUAUUAAAGGACUUUCGAUCUCCCUCAAUCCUUCCCUCCUUUCCUCCCCUCAGGAGCGAGUGCAGAAGAGUUUCCCUCAUCCUAUCGAUAAAUGGGCUAUCGCCGACGCCCAGGCGGCCAUCGAAAAGAGGAAGAGGAGGAAUCCUUUGGCCCUGCCCGUGGAUAAGAUCCACCCGCUGCUCAAGGUAACCCACAAUCCCAAACGUCUGGGUCAUGUUCAGUAGGGCGAAGCGAUUUGAAAUGGAAAACGAAAAUGAACGUUUCUUACUGAACACUUUCAGCAGGAUCCGACAUUAAUGAUGGCCUGCUGGCCAGUAAAAACAUGUUGGGCCAGUGACUGGCCCAAAUGGGCCAGUAUCUUCUCAGCGCAUUUUGUCGUUCCAGUUUACCUGCAGUGUUGCAGUCUGCCAUUGAAAACCAUUGAAGACUACACACGGAAAAGUCAUGAUAUUUGUAUUUGAGCAAAAUGAUUGGCCGUUCAUUCAACCACGCUCCUCGCGAGUCACAACUUUCUGCGCACUCGAGCAGUACAUGAGUUGAGUUGAUGCCUUCACACGGCACACAUGAGCUGUCCAGAGUGAAAAGAAGUGCUCAGCAAAAAAAAAGUUAACGUUGGACCCUUCUUUCAGGUAGUACAUUGCUGUUUCUAAACUUUUGUGCCUACUGAACAUGACCCUGGUGGCUAGACCAAUCAUAGUGAAGCGACCUGUAAGGUCAGCAUGUAGCCUAGGUCUUCAGCACCCAGUAAAUUAGUCAGGCUGUGAGCCAUUUUGAGGAAACAGCAGGGUGUAUUCAGUGAUGUACAGUGCCUUCAGAAAGUAUUCACACCCCUUGUCUUUUUCCCCAAAAAAUUGUGUUACAAGUGGGAUUAAAAUGGAUUUGUCAUUUGUUGUCAAGGACCUACACAAAAUACUCUUGUCAAAGUAAAACAUAAUAUCUUGAUUAGAUAAGUAUUUAACCCCCUGAGUCAAUACAUGUUAGAAUCACCUUUUGCAGCCAUUACAGCUGUGAAUCUUUCUGGGUAAGUCUCUUAAGAGCUUUGGACACCUGGAUUGUACAAUAUAAAUGUUUCUCCCAGUGUCUGUUGGAAAGCAGACUGAACCAAGUUUUCCUCUAGGAUUUUGCCUGUGCUUAACUAUAUUCCUAUAUUCUUUUUAUUUAAAAAUCUCCCUUGCCGGAGAUGAGCAUACCCAUAACAUGAUGCAGCCACCACCAUGCUUGAAAAUAUGAAGAGUGGUACUCUGAUGUCUUGGAUUUGCCCAAAACAUAACGCUUUGUAUUCAGGACAUAAAGUUAAUUUCUUUGCAACAUUGCGUGCAGUAUUACUUUAGGGCCUUACUGCAAACCGGAUGCAUGUUUUUGAAUAUUUAUAUUCUGUACAGGCUUCCUUCUUUUCACUCUGUCAUUUAGGUUAGCAUUGUGGAGUAACUACAAUGUUGAUCCAUCCUCAGUAUCUCCUAUCACAGCCCUAAACUCUGUAACUGUUUUAAAAUCACAGUUGGCCUCAUGGUGAAAUCCCUGAGCGAUUUCCUUCUUCUCCGGCAACUGAGUUAGGAAGGGCGCCUGUAUCUUUGUAGUGACUGUGUGUAUUGAUACACCAUCCAAAGUGUAAUUAAUAACCACCAUGCUCAAAGGGAUAUUCAAUGUCUGCUUUUUUUUACCCAUCUGCCAAUAGGUGCCCUUCUUUGCGAACCAUUGGAAAACCUCGCUGUUCUUUGUGGUUGAAUCUGCUUGAAAUUCAGUACUCGACUGGGGUACCUUACUAAUUGUAUGUGUGGGGUACAGAGAUGGGGUACUCAUUUAAAAAUCAUGUUAAACACUAUUAUUGCACACAGUGAGUCAAUGCAACUUAUUAUGUGACUUGUUAAGCACAUUUUUACUUGAACUUAUUUAGGCUUGCCAUAACAAAAGGGUUAAAUACUUAUUGACUCAAGACAUUUCAGCUUUAAAUGUUCUAUUAAUUUGUAAACAUUUCUAAAAACAUAAUUCCACUUUGACAUUAUGGGGUAUUGUGGAUAGAUCAGUGACACAAAAUCAAAAUUCAACAAAAUGUGGAAAAAGUCAAAGGGUGUGAAUACUUUCUGAAGGCACGGUAAAAAGUCCUAAAUGUUGCAAAUAGGACUGUCUGUCAUAUAUUCAUUUAUUCCUUCAUUCUGGCUGUUCUACACAGUAUAUCUGAAAGUGUUGUAACGUUACAUCUACCUGAACAGGGCCCAGUUACUGAGAUCUGUUCUCUACACUUCAGAAAGUGAAAAUAUUAUGAAGCAGACAAAAUAAUUUAUUGAACUGCAUUUAAAGCGAUUCAAUAAACAAAAUAGACAUUUUGUGUUUUCUUUGUCCAAAAAUGGUUUCUGUUUCAGUGCCUACUGAACACAGCCCGAGGAAAGGUAUUGGCCACUUUUCUCACAGUACCUAUACUGACCAAUAGAGGGAGACGUUGAACUGUUUUGUGGAAUUGGUCACAAACAAUAACAACGUUUUGGUAAAAAGCUGUGGGAUGGGUAUUUUAUUUAUUUUUAUUUUAUUUCACCUUUAUUUAACCAGGUAAGCCAGUUGAGAACAAGUUCUCAUUUACAACUGCGACCUGGCCAAGAUAAAGCAAAGCAGUGCGAUAAAAACAACAACACAGAGUUACAUAUGGGUUAAAAAAAACAUAAAGUCAAAAAAUACAACAGAGAAUAUAUAUACAGUGUGUGCAAAUGUAGCAAGUUAUGGAGAAUUGUAGAAAGCCAGUAUGAGGGUUUGCGCUCAGGCUAGAAUGAAUGGUGGCUGUAGAGUCAAAAGGUACUCGCACUCAAACCAUGGAAAGGAAAAUUCCAAGGAGGCCGAGAUGCGAAGAUUUACUUAAUUUAGAUCAUGCUUCAAAUAAUACAAAAGGUUAAUGUUCUGAAAGACCUAAACUUUUUGCACUUUUACACCUUUUUGUAUUCUUUCACCUAUUGUCCCUUUAAAUAAGGAAUGAUAGGCUUUACAUUUUAGAAUGCUAACUAACACCUAACCAUAUAGAUGCUUUAUGAGGGACCAAGCAACCUUUUAAAAACGGGUCUCUUUUUGGGUACUUGAUAAGAAUAUUCCACUUAUAUUCUUUAGACCUUUUUUGCUCUGAGCUCCAAGUGCUCUUUCUUUUAGAAAUACACAUAUACAUUGAUGUGGAGCAACAACAUAAUUACUUGAUUGACAUCAUUCAAAGCUAAUUACCUUGCAUAACCAUCUCACAUUACUUAAUUCGUAUUAAAGUACCUAUUGUGCCCAAUUGCUGUUCAAUGAUGUGUACCUGUAACUAAAACGCAUAAAGGCAUUCUUACCCUGCACAUUCUGCAUACUGUGUACUAUUUAGGCCUACACCGUUUACAUUAGUUCGAAAGUACAGUGGUCAGACUGUACAGUAGUCAAACCACACUGACCCUGCUUUUACCCAUGAUUCAUUUCCCGAUGAUUCCUCUCUUCCUGGGUCCUUGUUUAGGAGGCACUAGGGUACAAGAUCGACCACCAGUACAGUAGGUGUACAUGUACAUUGUGGACUACUUUUCCCAUAAUUCCUCUCCCUUGUUCAGGAGGUACUAGGGUACAAGAUUGACCACCAGGUGUCGGUGUACAUCGUGGCGGUGUUGGAGUACAUCUCAGCAGACAUCCUGAAGCUGGCAGGGAACUACGUGAGGAACAUCCGCCACUACGAGAUCUCCCAGCAGGACAUCACCGUGGCCAUGUGUGCCGAUAAGGUGAGAGUAACGCCUAUGUUGUGCGUCACAAUGUAUUGUGGGUCUUCAACAUCCGAUACUAUGAGAUCUCCCAGCAGGACAUCACUGGCCAUAUGUAGCAAAAAACUAUUUAUAGUUAUAUAAGUGUUAUUCUUCUAGAUUCAAUGCCUGUACCAAUCCCAGAUUGCCCCUUUUUUAUGUUGCUUUGAAUAUGAAAUUAGAUUGGCUUGUAAAUGCUAUGGCUGGUGGUGUGUGAUAGUGAGAAGACCCAGCAACCACACUGACUGGCCAAUAUACCUAAAGCUGGAGUCCAUAGGCUCAUUUCUGAACAUAAGCUGAUGAAGAAUGCCAGCUGAAUGAGCGAGAAUGUGUGCUUGCCUUUGUACGCCUGUGUGUGUGUGUGUUUCUACGCUUGGGUCUCUCAGGAUCCAUCUCAAUUCAGGAAGUAAACUGAAAUUCCAAUUCCACAUUUUCUUUACAGAAAAUGACUGAAGAAAAUUGGAAUCGGAAUUUCAGUUGACUCCCUGAAUUGACUGAACUAAAAUGGAAUUGACUCCAACCUGGUCUCUAUGCUGUUGUCCCUCUCUGUGUGACUAUUAAACCUAUUAAAAGUGGUCUAUAACACUCUUUUUUUUUUUUGUAAUUGGUAAGAAUAUGCCUGGCCUCUUUUCCCCAUUUCCAGGUUCUGAUGGACAUGUUCCACCAGGACGAGGAGGACAUCAGCGGUUUCCCCCUGAUGGACGAGGAGCCAUCCACCAGCGAGGAGCAGACCUACUACGACCUGGUCAAGACCUUCAUGGCCGAGGUCCGACAGUACCUGCGCGACCUUAACCUCAUCAUCAAGGUGUUCCGCGAGCCCUUCGCCUCCAACGCCAUGCUAUUCUCCCACCAUGUGAGUAGUGAUGGUGGUUGAUGAGGUAGACUCUCACACACACCUGCACACACGUGUUCAGCGAUGGUCUUCCAUCAUGGCUUUGUUUGACUCUACUUUGGUAUUUUUCCACUCCUUUUCUCCCCUCAACCACCACUCUCUCACUUCUCUUCUGCCACCUUCCUGCAUUACACUGCUCCCCAUCUCCCUCUUCCACCUAUCUCUCUAUCACCCUCUUCCCACCCGUCUCUCUCUCUCUCUCUCUCUCUCUCUCUCUCUCUCCCUCUCCUCUCUCUCUCUCUCUCUCUCUCUCUCUCUCUCCUCUCUCUCUCUCUCUCUCUCUCUCUCUCUCUCUCUCUCUCUCUCUCUCUCUCCUCUCUCUCUCUCUCUCUCUCUCUCUCUCUCUCUCUCUCUCUCUCUCUCUCUCUCUCUCUCUCUACAACCCUUGCAGGACGUGGAGAACAUCUUCAGCCGCAUCGUGGACAUCCACGAGGUCACCCUCAAGCUGCUGGGCCUCAUUGAAGACACGGUGGAGAUGACAGACGAGGGGAGCCCACACCCGCUUGUGGGCAGCUGCUUUGAAGACCUGGCCGAGGUGGGUGUGUGUUUGUGGAGGGUUGGGAGUGUCGGUGCGUGUGUGGUGUUUAUGGGAGCCCAGCUUGUUUGUGGUGGGCAGCUGCUUCAAAGACCUGGCUAAAGUAGGUGUGUGGUUGGGGGGGAUUGUUAUGCAUGUGUGUGUGAAGCUGUCUGUGUUAAGAAAUUGCUUUGUCUGCAAAAAAGUGUGUGUUUGUGGGGAUAUGUGUGUUUACGUGCAUAUAUAUUGUGUGGGUGUGUGUGCUGUUUCUGCAUAGAAAUUGCUCCUGGGCACCAAAAGACUGAGCUAAAGCCUAGGCAUUAGCUUGGGGAGCUAACAUGAGUCUUCAGGUACCAGGCAAGGUUGCUCAUUACACAAGUGUGGUUCACUGAACCACUUCUGUAACACUAACACCUGUGUCUGAAAAUGCACGACUGCACGAAAAAGCUCAGCCGAGCGUCCUGGGCUUAGGUUACUUGACAUUCACAGACCCCACUUACACCCUAUGGCUGUGGCCAGUGUCAGCAGCACGACUGUUAUAAAACAUGACAUUUGAUACAUCUUUCUUUUUUAUUUCCAGGAGCUGGCCUUCGACCCCUACGAGACGUAUGCUCAAGACAUCCUGCGGACUGGCUUCCACGAUCACUUCCUCAGCCAGCUGUCUAAACCGGGAGCUGCCUUUUACCUUCAGGUCAGAGGCCACACCCCCCAGCCUUAUCAUAACCCCAAAAGUCAGGCUUGAUUACGCCAUUGUUUAUGUUGUUGUUGUCAUAGGAAACAUUGUAAACAACUGAUGUAUUCAAAUUAUAUUUUAAGAAAGUUAGGGGUUGCUCUGAUGGAAUGUAAUUAACCGUGUACUACAAAUAUUAUUAAUCACGUGCUAUUUACACUACCGGUCAAAUGUUUUACAACACCUACUCAUUCAAAAGUGUUUCUUUAUUUUUACUAUUUUCUACAUUGUAGAAUAAUAGUGAAGACAUCAAAACUAUGAAAUAACAUAUGGAAUCAUGUAGUAACCAAGAAAGUGUUAAACAAAUCAAAAUAUAUUUUAUAUUUGAGAUUCUUCAAAUACCCAACCUUUGCCUUGAUGACAGCUUUGCACACACUUGGCAUUCUCUCAUGCUUUUUACAUUUGUAUCGCAUUUUUUGUUUUGAAAAUCAAAUUGAAAGUGGCCAUUUUAAGCCCUUUUUAGACCUAUACAUGCCUUGUGUAGAACUUUUUGAUUUGUGAACCGUACAUGAUACAGACAACAUCUUCGUGUCAUUGUGCUCCAAUGUAUUAAUUAGAAUUAAUGUGAACAAUUGUAUUUCAGAAUCUAGACAUACUCCAUGUUUUAGAGCACACUAUAAUGAGUAUAAUUGCAUCAAGAUGUUGGCAUCAUGUACGGUUCAUGGAUCAUAAGGUCUUACAGGAGGCAUGUAUAGGUCUAAAAAGGGCAUAAAAUGUCCAAUUUAAUCAUGAUAAACAAAUAAAAAACCGUGAUUAAAAUGUAAAAACCAUGUUUUUCCUUCAUUCCUCCCAAUGAAGUUCCUGUGAGAAUUGCCAGAACAAUCUGAGAUACUAGAAAUGUUAUCGGCCCUUUCUGGAGUGGAUUUGCCUGAAGUAAGAACUUUGUAUAAGAAUUUCCCCCCCAGACCACUGUUUGCUUAUCACUGGUCUAUACAGUGCCUUGCAAAAGUAUUCAUCCCCCUUGGGCAUUUGUCCUAUUUUGCUGCAUUACAACCUGUAAUUUAAAUGGAUUUUUAUUUGGAUUUCAUGUAAUGGACAUACACAAAAUAUUCCAAAUUGGUGAAGUGAAAUGAAAAAAAUUACUUGUUUAAAAAAAGUCUACAAAAUAAAUAACGGAAAAGUGGUACGUGCAUAUGUAUUCACCCCCUUUGCUGUGAAGCCCCUAAAUAAGAUCUGGUGCAACCAAUUACUUUCAGAAGUCACAUAAUUAUCUAAAUAAAGUCCAGCUGUGUGCAAUCUAAGUGUCACAUGAUCUGUCACAUGAUAUCAGUAUAUAUACACCUGUUCUGAAAGGCCCCAGAGUUUGCAACACCACUAAGCAAGGGUCAUCAUGAAGACCAAGGAGCUCUCCAAACAGGUCAGGGACAAAGUUGUGGAGAAGUACAGAUCAGGGUUGGGUUAUAAAAAAAUAUCUGAAACUUUGAACAUCCCACGGAGCACCAUUUAAAUCUAUUAUUAAAAAAUUGAAAAUGGCACCACAACAAACCUGCAGCCCACCAAAAAUCAAGGACCAGGCAAGGAGGGCAUUAAUCAGAGAGGCAAAAAGAGACCAAAGAUAACCCUGAAGGAGCUGCAAAGCUCCACAGCGGAGAUUGGAGUAUCUGUCCAUAGGACCACUUUAAGCCGUACACUCCAUAGAGCUGGGCAUUACAGAAGAGUGGGCAGAAAAAAAAACAUUGCUUAAUUAAAAAAAUUUACAAACACGUUUGGUGUUCGCCAAAAGGCAUGUGGGACACUCCCCAGACAUAUGGAAGAAGGUACUCUGGUCAGAUGAGACUAAAAUUGAGCUUUUUGGCCAUCAAGGAAAACGCUAUGUCUGGCGCAAACCCAACACCUCUCAUCACCCCGAGAACACCAUCCCCACAGUGAAGCAUGGUGGUGGCAGCAUCAUGCUGUGGGGAUGUUUUUAAUCGGCAGGGACUGGAAAACUGGUCAGAAUUGAAGGAAUAAUGGAUGGCGCUAAAUACAUGGAAAUUCUUGAGGGAAACCUGUUUCAGUCUUCCAGAGCUUUGAGACUGGGACGGAGGUUCACCUUCCAGCAGGACAAUGACCCUAAGCAUACUGCUAAAGCAACACUUGAGUGGUUUAAGGGGAAACAUUUAAAUGUCUUGGAAUGGCCUAGUCAAAGCCCAUACCUCAAUCCAAUAGAGAAUCUGUGGUAUGACUUAAAGAUUGCUGUACACCAGCGGAACCCAUCCAACUUGAAGGAGCUGGAGCAGUUUUGCCUUGAAGAAUGGGCAAAAAUCCCAGUGGCUAGAUGUGCCAAGCUUAUAGAGACAUACCCCAAGAGACUUGCAGCUGUAAUUGCUACUAAAGGUGGCUCCAGAAAGUAUUGACUUUGGGGGAGUGAAUAGUUAUGCAAGUGUUCAGUUUUUUUGUCUUAUUUCUUGUUUGUUUCACAAUAAAAAAUAUUUUACUUUUUCAAAGUGGUAGGCAUGUUGUGUAAAUUAAUGAUACAAACCCCCAGAAACCUAUUUUAAUUCCAGGUUGUAAGGCAGCAAAAAGGAAAAAUGCCAAGGGGGGGUGAAUACUUUCACAAGCCACUGUAUACCUUGAUUAGAUUUGACACUAUAUUACCUGCCCAAGUUAACCUUCAUCUCGCUCUGUCUCUGACCCUCCAGUCUAUAUGCGAAGGCUUUAAGGAAGCAGUCCAGUACGUCCUGCCCCGGUUGCUCCUGACACCUGUCUAUCAUUGUCUCCACUAUUUUGAGAUCUUAAAGGUAAGCAUGUAUGAGCAUUCAUAAUGAGGUCCUCUGUAGCUCAAUUGGUAGAGCAUGGCACUUGCAUUGCCAGGAUUGUGGGGUUCGAUUCCCAGGACCACCCAUUCUUAAAAUGUAUGCAUGCUGGACUGACAGUCUGAUCCAUAAAAAAGUGUAUAAAUAUGUUGUAUAAGUAUUACGAAAGGUACUGUAUAUGGAUCAGAAAGCCUUGGAUGGGUGCAGGGGGGCUGGUUUCUCCCCGACGAUGAUCCACCAGCCCACAGUGGAUGUAGAAUCUCAAUGUUUUUUUUUUAUCUGCAGUUCAAAACAACAACAAAGGGGUCCCAGCUAAGGGAUGGAGCAGGAGAAAUGGAACCACUCUCAAAUUCAUAGACCGAUCUAUGGAUUCAAGGACUUGACCAUCCUUGAGAUCGAAAUGAUCAUUUUCACCAUGUUUUUAGGCUAUAUAGUGUUUGUUUACAAACAAUGGAGUAAAAAAAAGUUCAUUUCGGUUUCUGAUAGGGUACGACAGUUGAACUAAGCUCAUGAGGCAUUUUUUGGUUAUGUUUUUCAAGAAUUAAUGGGUAUACAUCAUUAAUUUAAAAGUAAAAAAAUGGAUGUAUCAAUUGCAGAUUGCCCCUUAGUAUUCUUUAACUUAUUCAGGCAGGUUUGAAAUCAGAGAAGGAAGAGUAGGUGGGAGGGACAGAUAGUAAGAAGGGAGGAUGCGGCGAUUGGCCUCUGGUGGGUAGUCUUGCAUGUGUUUAGAGCAGGAAGUGUUACCGCUGGACCACAUGAUCUGUAUUAGUGUGGAAUCUCUGCUAAAAGUAACAAGGACCCGAACCAUGUGCCCCCUCCUAGAGAGCCUUAGUGUCGGGCUCUUUGUUCACCCUUAGGCCUAGAUUUGGACCCCACAGUCCUUAUUCUCCCCUGAGCCUCUUUCCAGCAAGCCAUGGAGGUGGCGGCUGCUCUGCAUAGGGCUAAAUCGCUGAAAUGCCUCAUAAUUUUUUUCUAUCCCCAGUUUACUUACUGCGAGUCCAGGGUAAAGGGAAAGAGUGUGGAGAGAAGGAGUCUCUUUCUGCCUUGUCCUCAAAUGGGAUAGCCAAAGGGACAGCCAUAGGAUGCAUACACAUGGGUUAUGUUCAUUAGGCACCAAACAGAAGACAACAGGCAAACGAGGGACUAUCUUGACUUGUCCAAUGAGGUGCAGAAUGCUUUUAAACGGUUUUACGUUGCAUGCUCUAAUGAACACGACCUUGGUUUCUCCAUCCACUCCUGGAGGUGCAUAGUUUCUCUAUUUUCUCACAAGGGGGCAAACUUAUGGUGUCUCAAGCCAUUCCAAGAUGUAAAAACAUGAUUCUACUGGUUUUCGGGGAGAUAAUUAGUAUCUUCUAUCGCUGUGCAAAUACAAUAUAUAGACGUAUACCAUUGCAUUGUUAAAUACUUGUUUCUGAUUGGCUUGAAGGGCAUUCUAGAGUGUGCAUUAUUUCCCUAUCAGCACGGUAGAAUUCAAAGGCUAUAGUUAAUUAUUACAUGUUCUAUGUUUGAGCUGCUUUUGAAAGCAAAAGUCGAAUUGAAAACAUUUGGCAUUGUUGAAUUCGAUUUUCAUAAUAGCAAGCUAGGACUGAUGGUUUGGUUAGCUAACUAGCAAGUCUGUUUGUUUGGUUACCAAGGCAACUAAUAAACUUCCUAGCUACUUCAGUGGAUGUUGAAUACAUUUCUACCUGCAAAUGAACACAUUUCUAGUGGCAAAUGUGUUAAAUUAUAGCCAUGGUAUAAAAGGGAUAAUCCACUCUGGGCUCAAUGCGUUCUCUGGAAUAUAAUGCAACUCCGUGGAAGGUUAGUUAAACUCCGCUAGCACAUCGUAGAACACUCCUUCCACGUCGUUCAUUCUUUUCCAUAGAACGCAUAGCCCCUCAUUGAUUUAUCCCUUACAUGUCAUGCAUUUGUACAGGGACACAAGACUAAAUCAAACCAUAAUAUAGACACUGUCGCUACAGAUGCAAAAGGUAGGGCUGUCUGUAUUUUAACAACAGCAUGCUAGCAACUUUAUUGGUUUAGAGACUCUUGAAUAAAAACUGCAAAGAAAAUAACAUGGUUUAAGGAUAGAUAGAGAAAAAAGUAAUUGAAUAUUCAAUGUUUUCUCCUUGACGGCUAUUUUUAGGUCCGCUCACCAAAACACAUUUGGCUACCAGAGCCAUGUACGUGUAUAUAUGGCUUAUACAGUGCAUUCGGAAAGUAUUCAGACCCCUUGACUUUUUCCACAUUUUGUUACGUUACAGCCUUAUCCUACAAUUGAUUAAAUCGUUUUUUUCCUCAUCAAUCUACACACUGAAUAUCUAAAAUAUCAACAAAAAAAUGAAAAAUGACAUUUACAUAAGUAUUCAGACCCUUUACUCAGUACUUUGUUGAAGCACCUUUUGGCAGUGAUUACAGCCUCGAGUCUUCUUGGGUAUGACGCUACAAGCUUGGCACACCUGUAUUUGGGGAGUUUCUCCCAUUCUUCUUUGCAGAUCCUCUUAAGCUCUGUCAGGUUGGAUGGGGAGCGUUGCUGCGCAGCUAUUUUGAGGUCUCUCCAGAGACGUUCGAUCAGGUUCAAGUCCGGGCUCUGGCCGGGCCACUCAAGGACAUUCAGAGACUUGUCCCGAAGCCACUUCUGCGUUGUCUUGGCUGUGUGCUUAGGGUCAUUGUCCUGUUGGAAGGUGAACCUUCACCCCAGUCUGAGGUUCUGAGCGCUCUGGAGCAGGUUUUCAUCAAGGAUCUCUCUGUACUUUGCUCCGUUCAUCUUUCCCUUGAUCCUGACUAGUCUCCCUCACGCUGAAAAACAUUCCCACAACAUGACGCUGCCACCAUGCUUCAGCUUAGGGAUGGUGCCAGGUUUCUGCCAGAUGUGACGCUUGGCAUUCAGGCCAAAGAGUUCAAUCUUGGUUUCAUCAGACCAGAGAAUCUUGUUUCUCAUGGUCAGAGUCCUUUAGGUGCCUUUUGGCAAACUCCAAGCGGGCUGUCAUGUGCCUUUUACUGAGGAGUGGCUUCCGUCUGGCCACUCUACCAUAAAGGCCUGAUUGGUGGAGUGCUGUAGAGAUGGUUGUCCUUCUGGAAUGUUCUCCCAUCUCCACAGAGGAACUCUGGAGCUCUGUCAAAGUGACCAUCGGGUUCUCGGUCACCUCCCUGACCAAGGCCCUUCUCCCCCGAUUGCUCAGUUUGGCCAGGCGGCCAGCUGUAGGAAGAGUCUUGGUGGUUCCAAACUACUUCCAUUUAAGAAUGAUGGAGGCCACUUUGUUCUUGGGGACCUUCAAUGCUGAAGUAAUUUUUUGGUACCCUUCCCCAGAUCUGUGCCUCAACACAAUCCUGUCUCUGAGCUCUACGGACAAUUCCUUCGACUUCAUGGCUUGGUUUUUGCUCUGACAUGCACUGUCAACUGUGGGACCUUAUAUAGACUGGUGUGUGCCUUUCCAAAUCAUGUCCAAUCAAUUGAAUUUACCACAGGUGGACUCCAAUCAAGUUGUAGAAACAUCUCAAGGAUGAUCAAUGGAAACAGGAUGUACCUGAGCUCAAUUUCGGGUCUGAAUACUUAUUUCAGUUGUUUUCUUUAUACAUUUGCUAAAAUUUCUAAAAACCUGUUUUCACUUUGUCAUUAUGGGGUAUUGUGUGUAGAUUGAUGAGGGAAAAAUUUAUAAUUUCAUCAAUUUUAGAAUAAGGCUGUAAAGUAACAAAAUGUGGGAAAAAAUCAAGGGGUCUGAAUACUUUCCGAAUGCACUGUAUAUAUAAAGAAGGAGGGUGACCAUUGCGUGGUAUUUCACAAAGGGUCAUGUGGUGUCAGUUGAAUGUUCGUAGCCAUUUUGUUCCUUGGUUGUCGCUAAAGAAAGUAAGAAUUAAGGGGAAACACUGGAGUUGAGGGGGUUGGGAAUGAGAGAAUGAUGGAGAGGGAGAGAGAUGAAGAACUUAUUCAUUCCUCAGCCCUAAUCUCGCUCAUGAGUUUGGCCUUAUACCGCAUCAUGAUCCUUCACAAGACUCCCCCUACCAGCGAAACCACCUGACCCAACAUUUUAUUAUCUUCCUCCCUCUUACCCACUCUUUCUCUGCCCCUAUCCCCCCCCCCCUCCUUUCCACAGCAACUGGAGGAGAAGAGCGAGGACGAGGAGGACAAGGAGUGUCUGAAGCAGGCCAUCACGGCGCUGCUCAAUCUGCAGAGUAGCAUGGAGAGGAUCUGCUCCAAGAACAUGGCCAAGAGGAGGCUGAGGUAGGAAGGGGAGCGCCAACUUACAACCCCUCCUGGCCAAUCCACACCUGGUUCUCUUUACCCAAGAAGAUGCAAAGCUAACUCAGACACACACAAUACAUGUGCACACACACUGACUGAUGCAAUAAUAGAAAUCCACAAGAAAAAUAUGGAAAGCUAACUCAGACACAUACAGUGGGGAAAAAAAGUAUUUAGUCAGCCACCAAUUGUGCAAGUUCUCCCACUUAAAAAGAUGAGAGAGGCCUGUAAUUUUCAUCAUAGGUACACGUCAACUAUGACAGACAAAAUGAGGAAAAAAAAUCCAGAAAAUCACAUUAUAGGAUUUUUAAUGAAUUUAUUGGCAUAUGAUGGUGGAAAAUAAGUAUUUGGUCAAUAACAAAAGUUUCUCAAUACUUUGUUAUAUACCCUUUGUUGGCAAUGACACAGGUCAAACGUUUUCUGUAAGUCUUCACAAGGUUUUCACACACUGUUGCUGGUAUUUUGGCCCAUUCCUCCAUGCAGAUCUCCUCUAGAGCAGUGAUGUUUUGGGGCUGUCGCUGGGCAACACAGACUUUCAACUCCCUCCAAAGAUUUUCUAUGGGGUUGAGAUCUGGAGACUGGCUAGGCCACUCCAGGACCUUGAAAUGCUUCUUACGAAGCCACUCCUUCGUUGCCCGGGCGGUGUGUUUGGGAUCAUUGUCAUGCUGAAAGACCCAGCCACGUUUCAUCUUCAAUGCCCUUGCUGAUGGAAGGAGGGUUUCACUCAAAAUCUCACGAUACAUGGCCCCAUUCAUUCUUUCCUUUACACGGAUCAGUCGUCCUGGUCCCUUUGCAGAAAAACAGCCCCAAAGCAUGAUGUUUCCAACCCCAUGCUUCACAGUAGGUAUGGUGUUCUUUGGAUGCAACUCAGCAUUCUUUGUCCUCCAAACAUGACGAGUUGAGUUUCAUCUGACCAUAUGACAUUCUCCCAAUCCUCUUCUGGAUCAUCCAAAUGCACUUCAGACGGGCCUGGACAUGUACUGGCUUAAGCAGGGGGACACGUCUCGCACUGCAGGAUUUGAGUCCCUGGCGGCGUAGUGUGUUACUGAUGGUUGGCUUUGUUACUUUGGUCCCAGCUCUCUGCAGGUCAUUCACUAGGUCCCCCCGUGUGGUUCUGGGAUUUUUGCUCACCGUUCUUGUGAUCAUUUUGACCCCACGGGGUGAGAUCUUGCGUGGAGCCCCAGAUCGAGGGAGAUUAUCAGUGGUCUUGUAUGUCUUCCAUUUACUAAUAAUUGCUCCCACAGUUGAUUUCUUCAAACCAAGCUGCUUACCUAUUGCAGAUUCAGUCUUCCCAGCCUGGUGCAGGUCUACAAUUUUGUUUCUGGUGUCCUUUGACAGCUCUUUGGUCUUGGCCAUUGUGAAGUUUGGAGUGUGACUGUUUGAGGUUGUGGACAGGUGUAUUUUAUACUGAUAACAAGUUCAAACAGGUGCCAUUAAUACAGGUAACGAGUGGAGGACAGAGGAGCCUCUGAAAGAAGAAGUUACAGGUCUGUGAGAGCCAGAAAUCUUGCUUGUUUGUAGGUGACCAAAUACUUAUUUUCCACCAUAAUUUGCAAAUAAAUUCAUUAAAAAUCCUACAAUGGGAUUUUCUGGAUUUUUUUUCCUCAAUUUGUCUGUCAUAGUUGACGUGUACCUAUGAUGAAAAUUACAGGCCUCUCUCAUCUUUUUAAGUGGGAGAACUUGCACAAUUGGUGGCUGACUAAAUACUUUUUUUCCCCACUGUAUAAUGGCACAGACUAGACAAGCGCAUAUGUACCACAUGUGUACCAAAAGGUGGAUAUGUCUCAAAUGUGCACUAUAUAUGCUCAGAGGUGUUAACACUUGCACAGCACAAUACACACAUCACAAUAGACACACACACACACACACACACACACACAGCAAUUCAUACUACUGCCUCAUGGUGUACCCCUCCCAUCCUCUGCACAACCCCCACCCUAAGCUCAGUUCUGAGUUUCCCUCUGGACCUAAAAUAGACUCGUGGGGGGAGGGAAAGGGUUGGAGGGGGGCUCACCACUGUGUUGUCGGAGGGAAGUUGUGUCAGGAAUUGGGCUGUCCUGUUCUGAUAUUAUUGUUCCCGGCUUUUAGAAAGAAAAAAAAAAGGUGAGAGAGUUUGAAAGGGGGGGAAACGAAUCCCCUUGCUUUCAACAGUAGACUUUUGCAUCCCAACCUUGCAGACCAUUUUUCUCUCCAUCCCUCCUUUUGUAUUGGUGAAGAAAACAGGGUGUUUUUUUGGUUACAUACGGUUGUCGCUCGUUCUUUACCUGUGUGGAAGCGAAGAGUGUCGAGUAUGAGGACGUAGGGUAUAAACAUUUUUAUUUUUUUUACCCCUUUGUUGCUGUUCUUUUUUGUUUUGUUUUUGUUUGUUUUUUCAUGGGGAAAGGAUGGCUUAUCUUACGGUAUGUCUUUGCACCCCAUACUUUGGCGGGAACGUGGGGAUGGUGACACAAACAGGAGGUUAAAAUGGAUGGUCCGAGAGGACGCACUAAGUUGGGGUACCCGACAAGGGUUGACUUUGCUACACCUUUCCUGUCUCUAGGGGUCUUUGUAUUUCGAGAGUCAGAACAAAGAACAAUCCAAGAGUUCUAUUGUCACAGCCAUUUGAAUUAUGCUUGCUCUUUCACAAGCUUGCUGUUCAUUAGGAAAAACAUAAUAAGCUCUCAGUCGCUAAUACUCUGGCAAGGUCCAGCGCUGCCUGGGAUAAAUUAUGGUUUGAUAAUGAUGCUCAUUAUAUAUUUUUGCUUUAAUUAACUACUUGAUUCAUUUCAUCGUAAGACUACUAGUUUAAAGAUUAAUGUAAAUGCACUUCAAAUAAAACCUCUUUGUUCGGACUUCAGAGUAGGAAAAGUUUUGACUGUUUCUUUCUGUAUAUAGUUUUUAGAGUUUCACACUUAAUGGGACUGGGAAAUGGGAAUUGUAGUUUUUGGGUCGAGUUUUGAGUGUAGUCUAUCCCUUGCCAUUCAGAGGUGCCCCUUGUCUCUCAGCGAAGCUAAUUCGGGCCAGUUGACAGUCAUCCUGUACUUUGAGGUGCUGGUAUGAAGACAGGCGCGCACAAGUUGGUUUCGACUGCCUCCCCCGUCUCUCGGGAGCGCUGAUGCAAGUCAUCGUGCGUCCGCGAAAAACAAAGUAAGCUCCUUCCCCCCCCGAUUGUUUACUAGUAGUUCUCGUUCAGACGCACUGUACUAGCUGCUGUUAAAUCCUUGUAGAUUUUUUUUCUGUCCCCUAUCACCCUCUCACUCAAUCGAUUGUAGAACCCCAACAAAUCUUUAACCCCCCCCCCCCCCCCCCAAAAAAAAGACCAUUCGGAAAUCAGAAAUCAAGCCCCAGUGGCUCAAUGCUGUUUGAUUAUUCUAAGUAUGUGGUUUUAUAAGUGAUCAUUGGAAUUAUUGCUCAGCUUAUUGUUAUGAGCAUUAGAGGUGAGAUUUUGGUUCUGGUGGGCCGCAGAGCUUUCUGGUCUUCUGUUUACUUAAGUUUUGUCAUUCAGGUUUUGAAAGACCACCAUAUGUGCUGGUUUUGACUCAAACCAGUCUUUUUGUAUUGAAUUGCUGAAAGAGUUUAGGACUUACUCCUCACAUGACCUAGCUAUUACAACAGGGGGCAUGCUCCUUAAUAAUGAAUAGAGACUGCAAAUAGACAUUGGUAUAAUGAGAAUAAAGAGAUUUGAUUAAAACAAAGACUAGUCUACAUUGUGGUCCUAAAAGAAUUGGAAUGAGAGAUACUCAUUUUGAAUAGGAUAGUCAGACCAUAGACCAUAUUAAUGGUAUAAUGAACCAGAACAAUAUUUAAAUGGUCACUGACUCAAAGAAAUAUAAUCAGAUGCUCUUUAUUCUUUUAGACUCAUUCUGUUCUUAUGCACUUUCUCAGUUGGUCCGCCGAGGCACCCUGUUAACCAUGGGUAUGGGCCCUUCCUCAGUAGACUACCGUUUUGUUCAACUGCUGGAAUGGUGAGGAAGUCUAGUCAAUUGGCCUGCUGGUCCACCAGUGUUGGGUGGAAACUGAAGGGACAUGACUGACCAGCAAACCGAUGUUGAAUUACCUAAUUGGUUCUGGUUAGGUUAAGUUUAGGGCUAUUGGUGUGGUUAAAGGAUACAGUGAGGGAAAAAAGUAUUUGAUCCCCUGCUGAUUUUGUACAUUUGCCCACUGACAAAGACAUGAUCAGUCUAUAAUUUUAAUGGUAGGUUUAUUUGAACAGUGAGAGACAGAAUAACAACAAAAAAUCCAGAAGAACUCAUGUCAAAAAUGUUAUAAAUUGAUUUGCAAUUUAAUGAGGGAAAUAAGUAUUUGACCCCUCUGCAAAACAUGACUUAGUACUUGGUGACAAAACCCUUGUUGGCAAUCACAGAGGUCAGACGUUUCUUGUAGUUGGCCACCAGGUUUGCACACAUCUCUGGAGGGAUUUUGUCCCACUCCUCUUUGCACAUCUUCUCCAAGUCAUUAAGGUUUCGAGGCUGACGUUUGGCAACUCGAACCUUCAGCUCCCUCCACAGAUUUUCUGUGGGAUUAAGGUCUGGAGACUGGCUAGGCCACUCCAGGACCUUAAUGUGCUUCUUCUUGAGCCACUCCUUUGUUGCCUUGGCCGUGUGUUUUGGGUCAUUGUCAUGCUGGAAUACCCAUCCAUGACCCAUUUUCAAUGCCUUGGCUGAGGGAAGGAGGUUCUCACCCAAGAUUUGACGGUACAUGGCCCCGUCCAUCGUCCCUUUGAUGCGGUGAAGUUGUCCUGUCCCCUUAGCAGAAAAGCACCCCCAAAGCAUAAUGUUUCCACCUCCAUGUUUGACGGUGGGGAUGGUGUUCUUGGGGUCAUAGGCAGCAUUCCUCGUCCUCCAAACAUGGCGAGUUGAGUUGAUGCCAAAGAGCUCCAUUUUGGUCUCAUCUGAACACAACACUUUCACCCAGUUCUCUUCUGAAUCAUUCAGAUGUUCAUUGGCAAACUUCAGACGGCCCUGUAUAUGUGCUUUCUUGAGCAGGGAGACCUUGCGGGCGCUGCAGGAUUUCAGUCCUUCACGGCGUAGUGUGUUACCAAUUGUUUUCUUGGUGACUAUGGUCCCAGCUGCCUUGAGAUCAUUGACAAGAUCCUCCCGUGUAAUUCUGGGCUGAUUCCUCACCGUUCUCAUGAUCAUUGCAACUCCACAAGGUGAGAUCUUGCAUGGAGCCCCAGGCCGAGGGAGAUUGACAGUUAUUUUGUUAUAAUCGCACCAACUGUUGUCACCUCACCAAGCUGCUUGGCGAUUGUCUUGUAGCCCAUUCCAGCCUUGUGUAGGUCUACAAUCUUGUCCCUGACAUCCUUGGAGAGCUCUUUGGUCUUGGCCAUGGUGGAGAGUUUGGAAUCUGAUUGAUUGAUUGCUUCUGUGGACAGAUGUCUUUUAUACAGGUAACAAACUGAGAUUAGGAGCACUCCCUUUAAGAGUGUGCUCCUAAUCUCAGCUCGUUACCCAUAUAAAAGACACCUGGGAGCCAGAAAUCUUUCUGAUUGAGAGGGGGUCAAAUACUUAUUUCCCUCAUUAAAAUGCAAAUCAAUUUAUAACAUUUUUGACAUGUGUUUUUCUGGAUUUUUGUUGUUGUUAUUCUGUCUCUCACUGUUCAAAUAAACCUACCAUUAAAAUUAUAGACUGAUCAUUUCUUUGUCAGUGGGCAAACGUACAAAAUCAGCAGGGGAUCAAAUACUUUUUUCCCUCACUGUAUAGUCCCUAAAUGUUUUGCAUGUCAGCAAUCAACAUUUUGUGACUUUAUCAACAAUGGACUAAUGAAACAAAUACCAAAAUAUAGUUUUUGGGUGGAUUUUUCCUUUAACCACACCAAUAGCCCUAAUUUUCCUUUAAGGUUAGGGUCAGGAUUAGUUAUGGGUUGGGAUGCCAGUCACGUUGCUUCAGUCGCACCCACCAGUGUUUUGCUAAUGAGAUGUUAUUUGUAGGAACCCCCUCCUGGACCAGGUUUAGUUAUACCGCUGCUUUAGAAACUCCGCCACCCACACUGACCCUCCACUCAAUCUCAGUCUUGCUGGCUUUGUUGACUCGUUUUCCGUUGUCAAUGUGCUGUGAACAUCAGACCCACAUUUCCCUUCCUCUCUUCUUCCACCUUUCUCCCUUUUUUCUCUCACAUUCUUUCCUACAUUCAACUUUCUGUCCUAUUAUCUCUCUUUUUCACCUUUUCUUUCUCUUUCUCUCUCUCCUCAAACUCUUCGGCGGCACCAGCGAGUCGGCCUGCCGCUUCUACAGCCAGCAGAUGAAGGGCAAGCACCUGGCCAUCAAGAAGAUGAACGAGAUCCAGAAGAACAUUGAUGGCUGGGAGGGCAAGGACAUCGGCCAGUGCUGCAACGAAUUCCUCAUGGAGGGGACGCUGACACGCGUGGGCGCCAAGCACGAACGGCACAUCUUCCUCUUCGAUGGCCUGAUGAUCUGCUGCAAGUCCAACCACGGCCAGCCGCGCUUGCCUGGCGCCUCGUCCACUGCCGAGUACCGCCUCAAGGAGAAGUUCUUCAUGCGCAAGGUGCAGAUCAACGACAAGGACGACAAGGAGGGCGAGUACCGUCACGCCUUUGAGAUCAUCCUCAAAGAUGGCAACAGCGUGGUGUUCGCUGCCAAGUCGGCCGAGGACAAGAACGGCUGGAUGGCGGCGCUCAUCUCGCUGCAGUACCGCUCAACGCUGGAGCGCAUGCUGGACUCGGCCAUGCUACAGGAGGAGAAGGAAGAGCAAAUGAGGCUGCCAGGGGCGGAGCUUUACCGGUUCGCCACACCCGACUCGGAGGAGAACGUGGUGUUUGAGGAGAACGUGCAGUCCAAGUCGGGCAUCCCCAUCAUCAAGGCGGGUACGGUGCUCAAGCUCAUCGAAAGGCUCACCUUCCACAUGUAUGCAGGUGAGAAAAAGCACACGACACAGAAAGGGUUUCCUAUGUUGACCUGUUAUGACCUGUUGAAAUGCAUGCCUUUUCCGUACAGUAGGUUAUACAAAUACCUUCCUCAUAUGUAUGGAAUAACAGUAGUUGCUCAAUCCUGGAAGAGAACAUCUUGCAGUUCCUUUCCAAUCGUAGAAUAGGGGUAGGGUUUUGGGGUUAGAGGAGGAGAGUCCUGUGAAAAAGUAGUCGAUAGGAGUACAUUUGGUGUUCAACAACAGGUUUAACCCUUCACACUCGUGGGAAUUGGCCUGUAUGGAUAGGGCUAAAUGUAAAUGUUUUUUACAGAAUAAAUAUGAAAUGCAUAAGCAUGGUAGCAAUUGAAAGGGAACAGUUUGGAGAUUAUGGGAACAUUAUUAGACCAAAGUUGAAGACACGACAGUUCUCCUGACACAAGACUGAAUCCAAACAUUACACUGUUGAUUUUAUGUGCAUUUUACAUUUACUGUACUUUUCGGCACAUUUGUUGGUAACGAAAUCUGAAAAUACUCUGUAUACAUUCAGUAACAUGAUAACAAUAUUUCUGAAAAAUGUUGGGUGGAUGCAACAUAAGACAAAAAAAUUGUUUGAGUGAGAGGACUAACUGGUGUCUCCAGGUGGCCACACACCUCUCUAAAGUGUGCACAGUUCCUAUGUAAUUUCAAUGCACUUUAAUGACUCAAAGAAGAGUCUUCAACUAUAAGGUGCUUUUUUAUGUUCUCCUAGCUGAGCCGUUGAGGAACUAGAGCAAGCAGACUUGUAGUUGUUUUGUUUGUAACGCAGACCUGCAUCGCCGCUAUCACACAAUUACUGUUGUUUACGCAAUCCAUAAACUGCACAUUUGAAAUCGCAUUCUGAGUCAGGUGGGCAUCAUGAAAGCUUGUUCUAUUGCCAACAUGACUAGCUAAGUUAUAAAAUACUAUCUUACAGUGUUAGGCUUUCACAGGGCAAUUCCCAGAGAAAUCGAUCGUAAUUUUGGUGUGCAUAGAAAAGAGUCAUGCUGUUCAGAACAACCCAGGGUAUGACGCCAUGUCAUCUUGUAACUGUACAUCAAACAUUGUGAUCAUAAACGUUGACACUGCAUGUUAUUGUACAGCCACUGCGCUUAUCAGUGCUCAAAUAUGCCAUUUCAACCUGUAUACGGGUACGUGUGUAAAGGGCUACGAGGAGCAGGAAGUAGACAUGGGUCGCAUCUCAAAUGGCUCCCUCUCCACGUUUCAUUUCCUUGAUGUGAGAGAACUGGACAGGUGAAAGCGAAUUCCUAGAAACCUAGAUAUGUUCUGUAUCUUGUUAAUUUUAUCCUGGCUAUUAGGGCCUGGUCUCUUACUCAUGUGUCUCCAGCAUUGUACACCUCCAUUGUUUGUGGUUAUGCAAUAUACACUUGCCCAGUGCCUGGAGUGCCUGUUCCUGUUAUCACCUUGUUGUUCUACACACAACACCUUGAGCUUGGCGCAAACAAAGUUUAUGCUAAACAUAAAAGACAAGAUAGUGGAAGGCGUAUUUCUUCCCCCACUUUCGUCAUCCCCAAGUCCAUUUAUAGCUGUUUUCACACGGCUUGUAAAUAUUUGGCCACACUUGACGUCAGAACGCGGGAUGUGAUGACCUGCUUUGUUUCAGUGUCAGUUUAGCCCCUGAUAACACAACGAGAACUGAUAAAGAACAAAAAACAAGAGGACGAAGCCUAUUCAUCUUCACGUCGCCAUUUAGUAAGUGACCGGUAGUAGCAGAUCUUUCCUGCUUGUAAUUUGCCCAUCUGUUUAGUGUUUAAAGGGGAAGUUCAGUAUCCUCACCUUGUGUGUAGCUGUUUAAAGAAAAACAAACCAUGGAUUACAGUUUCUCCAGGCCCUAGAGUACUUUCAUGGUUAGGAACCAUCUAGCAUCAAGUUAUAAAAUACUGAAUUUCCCCUUUAAACACAGCCCUUUGUGGAGUGUUGGUGAGCUAGCCAUUACAGUGUUGUUGAGGUAAUCACUUUGUAGACUUCAGCGACACCUGAACUCUUUUAGUGAUUCCUCACAAAAGCCAAACAAAAAAAUGCCAUGAUUUUCGGGAUGUUUACAAAAUGUAAUCCAUAAAAUAGUCCUUUGGAGGAAGGAUUGUUGACAUAUAUUUGUAUCUAAAAGUUGGCAUAUUUAUGAAAUUUUUGCCUUUCCCAGGCCUCCUUUAAGACUCAAUAAUGCUUUAUCUGUAGGUGCUACAAAGCAAAAAUGUAUGUCAUAUGAAGUUUUACCACUUGCUCUGUAAUAUGAGUAGUAUUUUGAUUUUUAAAAUAUAUAUAUAUAUAUACUACCAGUCAAAAGUUUGGACACACCUAUUCAUUCAAGGGUUUUUCUUUAUUUUUACUAUUUUUUACAUUGUAGAAUAAUAGUGAAGACAUCAAAACUAUGAAAUAACGCAUAUGGAAUUAUGUAGUAACAAAAAAAGUGUUAAACAAAUCAAAAUAUUUUAUAUUUGGAUUCUUCAAAUAGCCACCAUUUGCCUUGAUGACAGCUUUGCACACUCUUGGCAUUCUCUAAACCAGCUUCAUGAGGUAGUCACCUGGAAUGCAUUUCAAUUAACAGGUGUGCCGCCUUAAAAGUUUAUUUCCUUCUUAAUGCGUUUGAGCCAAUCAGUUGUGUUGAGACAAGGUAGGGGAGGGUUAUACAGAAGAUAGCCCUAUUUGGUAAAAGACCAAGUCCAUAUUAUUGCAAGAACAGCUCAAAUAAGCAAAGAGAAACGACAGUCAGUCCAUCAUUACUUUAAGACAUGAAGGUCAGUCAAUAUGGAACAUUUCAAGAACUUUGAACGUUUCUUCAAGUGCAGUCGCAAAAAUCAUCAAGCGCUAUGAUGAAACUGGCUCUCAUGAGGACCGCUACAGGAAUGGAAGACCCAGAGUUACCUCUGCUGCAGAGGAUAAGUUCAUUAGAGUUACCAGCCUCAGAAAUUGCAGCCCAAAUAAAUGCUUCACAGAGUUCAAGUAACAGACACAUCUCAACAUCAACUGUUCAGAGGGGACUGUGUGAAUCAGGCCUUCAUGGUUGAAUUGCUGCAAAGAAACCACUACUAAAGGACACCAAUAAGAAGAAGAUACAUGCUUGGGCCAGGAAGCACGAGCAAUGGACAUUAGACCGGUGGAAAUGUGUCCUUUGGUCCGGAGUCCAAAUUGGAGAUUUUUGGUUCCAACUGCCGUGUCUUUGUGAGAUGCAGUGUGGGUGAACGGAUGAUCUCUGCAUGUGUAUUUCCCACCGUAAACCAUGGAGGAGGAGGUGUUAUGGUGUGGGGGUGCUUUGCUGGUGACACUGUCUGUGAUUUAUUUAGAAUUCAAGGCACUCUUAACCAGCAUGGCUACCACAGCAUUCUGCAGCGAUACGCCAUCCCAUCUGGUUUGGGCUUAGUGGGACUAUCAUUUGUUUUUCAACAGGACAAUGACCCAACACACCUCCAGGCUGUGUAAGGGCUAUUUUACCAAGAAGGAGCGUGAUGGAGUGCUGCAUCAGAUGACCUGGCCUCCACAAUCAACCGACCUCAACCCAAUUGGGAUGGUUUGGGAUGAGUCGGACGGCAGAGUGAAGGAAGUGCUCAGCAUAUGUGGGAACUCCUUCAAGACUGUUGGAAAAGCAUUCCAGGUGAAGCUGGUUGAGAGAAUGCCAAGAGUGUGCAAAGCUGUCAUCAAGACAAUGUUUGGCUAUUUGAUCUGUUUAACCCUUUUUCGGUUACUACAUGAUUCCAUAUGUGUUAUUUCAUAGUUUUGAUGUCUUCACUAUUAUUCUACAAUGUAGAAAAUAGUAAAAAUUAAGAAAAACCCUUGAAUGAGUAGGUGUGUCCAAACCUUUGAAUAUCGAAAGAUAAACAUGAAUAUUGAAAAUAUGCCACUUUUGAUUUGCCCAUUUUUUUAAAUAUACAUUGUUGAACAUAAUAGGCUCCACGGGCAUCUCAAAGUUCCAGAUCGGAAUCUCUGCUAGUUGUAAAGUUAUGGCCCAUUUUAUACGGAGAAAUUGGCAUAGUAGGCAAUGUAACCAAUCACAGCCCUCCUUUUACUUGUAUCAUUGCAUAUCUUGCAAAUCACCAGCAGAGGGCGACCAUUUUGAAUCCAUUUUCACAUUCACUGUUGGUAAUGCUUACAAAUUGGAUCAUAACUCUAAGAAUAGCAGAGAUCCCCUCUGUAACUUUGAUAUGCCCGUAGAGUAGGCUAUAUUAUGUUCAACAAUAUAUCUUUUUUAAAUACCAAAUCAAUAUUUGUUUAUAUUUGUCAAUAUUCAUAAAUUAAUGUAAAAAAAGUGAUUGAAAUCAAAAUACUACUCAUAUUACAGAGCAAGCAAUAAAACUUCAUAUGACACCGAUGUUUGCUUAGUAGCACCUACAGAUGAAACACUAUGGAGUCUUAAAGGAGGCCUGGAUAAGGCCAAAAUGUCAGAAAUAUGCCAACUUUGAUUAAUUAUUACUCAAUUAUGCUUAUAGAUACAAAUGUCAAAUAUAUGUCAACAAUCCUUCAACAGAAGGACUAUUCUAUGGAUAAAAUGUUGUGAAAAUGUAAAAAAUCAUGGUUUCUUUGUCUGGGUUUCGUGAGGAAUCACUCUUUAGAAAGGCUGAAUGACCCAGCACACAUAGCAGUUGUUAGACCAUUGGUGUGUAUUCUUCUCUACUGACGGGUGCCGUUGUACCUAACCAGAUACAAGGCCGCGAUUGGACCAAUAAGCUCUUCAUUAAUUAAAAGUAAUGAUGCCGUUUUGGGGAAAUAAAUCACUAAAUUAAAUCGCUCAAAGUCCAAGUGGAUGUGGGCUCUGGUAAUCCAGGGGAGCAAAACAUUUAAGCCAAGCGCUUCUAAAUUUGGUCUGUUUCUAUGCAUUGUUAUUCAAUGUCAUGCAAUCAUACAGGUGUUGUGUAAAAUCUUCUUAAACAUACACGUUUUCCUUUGUUUAGCACGGAAGCCUUUCUGAACUCUUACACACAAGUUUGGGUUUUAUCUUGUUUGUCUCUGGAAGUCUAGAGCAGUAUUUCUCAACUGUGGUCCAUGAUUACCCCCAAACUGUACACAUUUUGGUUGAAGCACACCUGAUUCAACUCACCCAAGGGCUUGAUGAUAGUUGACUAGUUGAUUCAGGUGUGCUUGCCCUGGGCUACACCAAACAUGUGUGCUGUUGGGGAGUACUGAAGGACUGGAGUUGAAAAACACUGGUCCAAGGUUAUUGCAGCACAAUACAGAGCCAGGAGAGAACAUUCCUCUUAUGGGUGGACUGUCCAGCUCACACCCCUGUGUAAACUUCCUCCCCCGAAUAAAGAGUAGGGUGUAAAUAUAGGCCCACUAUUUUCCAACAGUCUGUGCACCACUGAUUUCAAAUAAGCCAAGGGAAACAAGCCUUUUGAGGAAAAGUGUGUAUGUGUGCAGUGUCUGUGUGCCCAGGGUAAUUUGAAAAAGGGGAAAAAGGUGCUUCCUGUACGAUGCACCUCAUGCCUGGACACACACCCCACUCCCACCCAGCAGACAGCAGGGGAGGGACAACACGCACGUUCUCCUCUUAUCUCUCUGUCCUGACUAUCUGCGUUAUGAUUUGCAUGGAACUAUGCUUCUCUUUUGCCAUAAAUUAUAAUCAAGAAUCCAUAUAGUCCAUGAGCCAUGGGGGGUCAGUCAGGGCUCACUUGGGACGACGAUGACGAUGUCUCAUAGUGAUUUAUUUUGAAGGUCUAUGUCCCUAGAUUUGGAAAAUGUGUGAUAGCAGUGCAGUAAUGGUGGCUUUCUGGUGUUAUCGUUCAUCCCUCCGUCCCAUCUAUUUUCCCAUAGGGAUUAUACCCUAUGACAAACAAUGUCAGUAUACAACAAGUUAUUGCUCACUUGUACCCUUUAAUCGUAUAUCAUUGGAAACCUUAGAGAUUCACAGCUAUCCAUCAGGCACAUUUUCAGAAUGUUCCGGUCAACAGAACUUUGACCAUUGACCUCUAGGGUACAUAUCAAAAUGACCAGUAUAAGCCAUUAAAAAGGAAACCCUGAUACAUUUUAAACUUUGUUUGACAAGUGGUUCUGAAAGGUCAUGAAAUUACCUUUUGAAAUGAUAUAUAAUACAGUGCAUUCGGAAAGUAUUCAGACCCCUUGACUUUUUCCAAAUGUUGUUACGUUACAGCCUUAUUUUAAAAUUGAUUAAAUUGUUUUUUUCCCUCUUCAAUCUACAGACAAAAUGACAAAGCAAUAAUGACAAAGCAAAAACAGGUUUUUAGGAAUGUUUGCAAAUGUAUAUAUAUAUUUUUUUUUAAAUAUCACAUUAACGGAAGUAUUCAGACCCUUUACUCAGUACUUUGUUAAAGCACCUUUGGCAGCGAUUCAGCUUCAAGUCUUCUUGGGUAUGACGCUACAAGCUUAGCACACCUGUAUUUGGGGAGUUUCUCCCAUUCUUCUCUGCAGAUCCUAUCAAGCUAUGUCAUGUUGGAUGGGGAGUGUCGCUGCACAGCUAUUUUCAGGUCUCUCCAGAGAUGUUCGAUCGAGUUCAAGUCAGGGCUCUGGCUGGGCCACUCAAGGACAUUCAGAGACUUGUCCCGAAGCCACUCCUGCAUUGUCUUGGCUGUGUGCUUAGGGUCGUUGUCCUGUUGGAAGGUGAACCUUCACCCCAGUCUGAGGUCCUGAGUGCUCUGGAGCAGGUUUUCAUCAAGGAUCUCUCUGUACUUUGCUUCGUUCAUCUUUCCCUUGAUCCUGGCUAGUCUCCCAGUCCCUGUCGCUUGACAUUCAGGCCAAAUAGUUAAAUCUUGGUUUCAUCAGACCAAAGAAUCUUGUUUCUCAUGGUCUGAGAGUCCUUUAGGUACCUUUUGGCAAACUCCAAGCCGGCUGUCAUGUGCCUUUUACUGAGGAGUGGCUUCUGUCUGGCCACUCUACGAUAAAGGCCUGAUUGGUGAAGUGCUGCAGAGAUGGUUGUCCUUCUGGAAGGUUCUCCCAUCUCCACAGAGGAACUCUGGAGCUCUGUCAGUGACCAUCGGGUUCUCUGUCACCUCCCUGACCAAGGCCCUUCUCCCACCAUUGCUCAGUUUGGCCGGGCGGCCCCUUUACUUUUUCCACAUUUUGUCACCAGAAUAAAAACGAAACUGUCAGGGAGAAUAUAACAUUUCAAAAAUGUCAUUGCAUUGGGCCCCAUUCAUUUUGUUAUGUUUGAGUCACUCAGAUAGCAUAAGAACACAACAUAAGCCAUGGCGAAAUGUGUAGAAUUGCAGGAAAUCAGCUUUAAAGUAACUGCCCAGUGAAAAUCUAACCUUUUAUAAGUUCAUAUUCUGUUAACUCAUACCCAAAUAAUGUUGUUGACCUAAACUGGUAUUUGUGGUCAAAGUCUAGGAGAAACACUGUAGUGUGUAUGUCGGUGGUGGGGAGGGCAGACGGAUGAUCUAUUUUUAAGCUUGUGUAUGUGUGUGUGGUGUAGUGGCAACUGCGUGCGUCAGAGCAGCGUCUGUUUCCUGGCUGAAAUGGUUCCAGGCCGAUUGUUUGUAAAUCCACACUGAGGCGGCUAUUGUUCCCUGCCCCCCAACCCCGGCCGGCCCUCGGUGAAAGAGCUUGGACAGAUCCAUCAUGUGAACCACUAACUAACGGUGCUGUUCUGACUGUAUAAGAUCUAGCCCUUUCUGUAGCUCCAAGACCCGCAUAACCACAGUAUUAGCACUCCUAAUAUACACACAGACCUGGGUCAUGUUCACUAGGGAAUGUUUGAAAUGUUUCUUAUUGGACAAGUCGAGUUGUCCUCCCUGUUUCAGUCCGUUUUCUUCCGGUUUGGUGCCUAAUAAACAUGACACUGGUUAGCACAUCUUAGACUGUUAACUUAAUGGUUACAAGAUAUCUAGCUGGCAAACAGUUGCGAAUUUCAUACAAGUGUAACAUGAUCACCUCAAAGUCAUGAAAGAAAAAUAGAUACUUGCACACUGCAGGGAAUGAUUAACAAAAUGGCUGACAAUCCCCUUGUUUUUCCUUCUUGCAGAUCCAAAUUUUGUCCGAACAUUUCUAACAACCUACAGGUCCUUCUGCAAACCUCAGGAGCUGUUGGGUCUUCUUGUUGAGAGGUGAGAAUGUUGAUGCCAUUCUAGGAUUUGGCCUCCACUGUUAUUAUUCUAUGAAGAACCGCUUUUGUGUCUAUUGUAUCAUAUUUUUCAAAAUCAGAUACAUUGACAAGACAUUUGUCCGUGCUCGUUGACUCUGACCUUUGUCAGAACAAAGACAGAGAUGUAUUUAUCAUGUACAAUAUAUUCACAUAUACAUUUAUAGAAACUAGGGCUGUCCCCGACUAAAAUAAAUCUUAGUCGACCGAGAGUCGUCUGUUCUUUUGACCAAUUGAUUGGUCGAAAUUUUUAAAUGUGUAUUUUUCCAUAUAAAGACACACCCUAUGUGUUUUAAUAAAAUAAACUAUAUGUAGCAUGUCUGAUGCUUUACGCACACUGUUUGAUUAAAUACUUAAGACACACAAAUGACUCGAGGGAGCCAGAGAUCGGCAACUUUUUCCAUUUGGAGUGCCAAUUUAUCUUACCAGUUCUACCGUUCUGCGUGCCAGUUAUGAUUUUCAUAUGCACAUUUUCAUGGAACAGUUUUAUUUCAUUUAUAAUAAAGUUUUCGUAUCUCAAAAUCAUUGUCAUGUGGUUCAUCUAAAUUCUAUCUAAAUGAAAAUAAUACAUAUAUAAAAGUAACUUCUAUUACCAUUGCCAACUAUGUAAAAAUAGCCUACAUAAAGCCAACAAAUAAAAACAUUGCAGACUGCAGGUAGAAAAUAUCCUGAUUUAAACAUAAAUAUCCUAUAAAUCACAUUGGCCUGUCUGCAAACGAAUUUGAAACAUUGUAUCAACUAUCAACUGGGUCCGGCCCGAAGCUCGCGCUAGAAAAUUUGCAACAUUGUAUAAAAUAUUCUGGGCCCUCAGAGUUUCCCGUGCCAGUGAGCUCGGGACAGACAGACACAGCUGUAGGCUAUUUGUGCAAGGGAUAAGAAGUAAUCAGGUAUUUUAUGACGUUUGCACUGGAUCAGAGCAUUACAUUUUUCCCUUUCAUGCCGAGUGGUUAUCAAAAGGGAGAGAGCUGGAAAUAUUUUUCAAUUAAGGAACUAUUGUCAUUCUCAAUAAAAAAAACAGACCUUUACUCGCUGUUUGAGGUGAAGAAUAAAUUACUUUGAGAAGCUCAAACCAUUAGUGGUGGUGAGUUAAGACAAUCAGAAAUACUAUCAGACAUCCCCAAAUGGACACAUUUAUAGACCUACAUUUGUGCGCUGGCCAGGUAGCAUAGGCCUACUUCUAUCUAUCUAUAUAUAUAUAUAUAUAUAUAUAUAUAUAUAUAUAUAUAUAUAUAUAUAUAUAUAAAUAUAAAUAUAAAUAUAAAUAUAAAUAUAAAUGUAUAUGCGUAAUCAGGUGCGUGUCCUUACUCUACAUUGACAGGAGCGCUCCAAACAAAAGACAAUUAAUACAUUGACAAAACUCGUAAAUGGAAUGAAAUAAACCAAAACUUGUUUCUCACAAGUGUGGGAUAAGUUGUGAACUCUGCAAACAAUGUGUCCACUCAAUGAGAACGGUAAACGAUUGUAAUAACAAUAUAUUGAAUGCAUUAACAGAAAUUACCAUAACCAAAUAAACGUUGUAGAUUAGAAAUUGAGAAUUAACGGUAAAUGUAGUACUCUACAGGUGAUUUAUGUAAGGGGGAAUUGCACACGAAAUGGUGGGAGAGAGACGUGCCUUGUGCAUCUUAGCCACACUCCCCUUCUUCUUGGACCGUGCCAUCCCCGCGGCAUACGCAAUGGAUUAUUCCACUGAGACAUGCGCGAAUCUGACAAAUGUCUUGUAUGCCAUGAAAAAAAAAAAUAUAUAUAUAUAUAUAUAUAUAUUUGCGACUGCUCCACUCAAAAAUUAUUGGCCGACCGACAGCCUAUCGACCAAACAAUCGACCAGUCGACUAAAUGGAGUCAGCCCUAGUAGAAACAUACCUCAGGUGUUCAAACAUUUCGAAUUAUAUCAAUCUUUAUUGUUACUAUCUAGUGUAUAGCAAUCACCAUCUACUGUCUGGUUAAAGGUGUAUCCCAGAUUCCACACUGCUGUGUCUUCUCAGUUGUGAUUUUGUUUUACGGAACCUUCCAGGUUUGAAAUUCCCGAGCCGAAGCCCACAGAAGCGGACCAGAUGGCCAUAGAGAACGGAGACCAACCGCUCAGCGCCGAACUCAAACGAUUCCGCAAGGAGUUUGUCCAGCCAGUCCAACUCAGGUACCUCUCCACACCUAAUUCCAGAGGUUGUGUUCAUUAGGGACUGAAACAGAAAACAUUUGACAACAAAAAAGUUCUUAUUGGACAAGUCGAGGUAGCCCCUGUCUGUUUUCUUUCAUUUUGGUACCUAAUGAACAUGACCUAGGGGUCAACAGAACAUGCUGGUUUUCUUGUGAUACAUGUGAUGCCACAUGGAGGAUAGUCUGUCCUGUUGAGCAGAGAAAGGUUUCAAACUUUUGUUUCAGUGCUGGGCUGAAACAAAAGCAUUCACUCUUUAUUUAUUUUUUAUUUUUUUUAUCCCCCAGAUAUAUAUUAUUUUUAAUAUAUAUUUUCCUUCUUUAUUAUUUUCCCCUAGCCCUACGACCCCUCCCCUAAUUGGAAUAAACUAAUGGACAGCAAUACUUAGGCUUCCACUUCAGGUUAUACAUACUACAUAAAUUUCACUGACAGUAUAUUUUACAUAAGUUAUUUUUUUGUUUGUUUUUAGUCCCCGCCUUCAGCUUCCCUCAACUCUUCCCAUCUAUCUCUGAAGACCAUCUAGUUUUGAUUUCUAUUUGCCAUAUAUUUUCCCAGCAUGCACUCUUUGUAGUUCUCCUUUAAUCUGUGGCUCUCUGGUCUCUUAUCGGUCAACUCAUCUCUCUCCCAGUCUCUUAGGAGUUGGUUUAAGUUGCUGAUCCAGGGUCAGAUUUAUUGAGUUUUUAGGUCAUGAUUUGUAGCUAGCGGUCUCUUGCUGGUCUGUAACUGGUAUCUACCUGGUUUCAACCUACUCUUUCUUCCUGCAGAGUACUGAAUGUAUGCCGCCACUGGGUGGAGCACCACUUCUAUGACUUUGAGCGGGACUGCCAGUUACUCAAGCGUCUGGAGGAGUUCAUUGCAUUGGUGCGAGGUAUGUGUGGAUAAAUCGGGGCAAGGACUUUCUCCUCUCGUUGCAUAUCCUCUCUUCAUUCUUCUCUUAUCCUCUUUUCUAUUCUAUUUUCUUCUAAUUUCUUGUUCUCUUUUUUUCUCCUCUCUCUUCUCUCUCCUCUUCUCUCUUCUCUGAGUGACGAUCUCCCUAUCUGUGACCUCACCCAGGCAAGGCUAUGAAGAAGUGGGUGGAGUCCAUCACCAAGAUCAUCCAGAGGAAGAAGCAGGCGCAGGCCAACGGGCCCAGCCACAACAUCACCUUCGAGAGCUCACCGCCGCCCAUCGAGUGGCACCUCAGCAAGCCGGGCCAGACAGACCAGUUUGACCUCAUGACCCUCCACCCCAUUGAGAUCGCACGGCAGCUCACACUGCUCGAGUCCGACUUCUACAGGUAGGCCUACAGUACCGUAUGGCCAUCCACGGCAGUGUUUCUUAACUCCAGUUCUUUUUGUUCCAGUCCAGUACUGAAGCACCUCAUUUUAUCACUAGCUUGAUGAUUACUUGAAUCAGCUGUAUAAGUGCUGUGCUAGAGCAAAAAUGUGACCCACCACCUGGAUUUGGUCGUAUUUAGCAACAUUUGGAAUGUUGUCUUUUACAUUGGAUAAAAGUACAGACUCGGAGCUAGAACAUUUUAUAUCAUACACUCCAGUUGAGGAACAAUGAGAAAGUAAAUCUGCUUUGGAAGUUGAUAAACUUGUAACCCCACUUUUGAGAAAAUGGCCCUUGAAUGUUUUGGUACACCUACUGGAGAGCUCUUCUUUGUCUACACCCAUUCAUCAUCGUUCACACCCUCUUAAGCCUUAGCCACACCCAUCUCUUUAAGGAUUCACAUGAGGCCAUGUGCUAAACCGAGUGAGUAGUGUAGUAAACAACCAAGGAUUUCAAGACUAAAAGUGGUAAAAGUAGUAGCCUACGAUAAGGAAAAACUCCAGGUAAAAAUACACUAUCUAUUCCUUGGCCUAUCUGACUUUGGUGCAGGUCAUGUUGUUCUUCACAUUACCAUCUCUGGUAAACACACACUGUAUCAAAUAAAAUCUACGUUUAUUUGUCACAUGCACAGGAUACAGAAGGUGUAAACGGUACAGUGAAAUGGUUAUUUGCAUAGUAGCAAUAUCAAAAAUAGAAAAGUGUCCAAAUAAAAUGAUUGUGUAAAUAAUGUAUAAUUAUUAGAUGAUGCUUACCCAUUUAUUUUAUUUAUUUCACCUUUAUUUAACCAGGUAAGCCAGUUGAGAACAAGUUCUCAUUUACAACUGCGACCUGGCCAAGAUAAAGCAAAGCAGUGCGAUAAAAACAACAACACAGAGUUACAUACGGGGUAAACAAAACAUAAAGUCAAAAAUACAACAGAAAAUAUAUAUACAGUGUGUAUAUACCCAGACAUACUUGUCUAAAUUGAUGGGUCAUGUGAAAUAAAUACUAUAACCACCCCCCAGCCACAUCUAGCUAAGUGGAUGGGUCACUAUUGUCAUGUUCAUGAAAUACAAUAGAUGGCCGUAAUCACCCCCAGACACACCUGGCUAACUUGAUGGGUCAUGUAAUCAUCUGGCAAAGUGGAGUUUUUUUGUUGAGACAUGUAGCUAGCUAGCUAAACAAUGAACCGGCAUAAUCCCAACUCAUACUAAUACCACCAAUACAAACUGAUUGUCAUAGCUGUAGUAUGAAUCUGCAGAUAGCUAAAGCUAACCAACUAGGUCCAAUGUUAGCUAGCUAGCUAACAUUAGGCUGUAACUAGCAAUGCAAAUGGAUUCUUAUUCGAAUAAUAUUAUUACACAGAUCAUACACGUAACAUUAGCUAGUGAGCCAGCAAGCUAACGUUCGCUAGCAAGCUAACAGUACGUUUUAACUUGCAAUGAAAAUGACUUUCUGACUAAAUUAGAAACGUAUAAUAUCUGAACAUGUAACUACACUCUUACCUGUAUACAUGGAUGAACGCUUCACAGCAGACUGGAACCAUUUAACUCAGUUUUGUUAGUAGCUACAUCUUGUUUGGCUAAAGUUGUGUCAAGUCAUUCUGGUUCACACUGACCGUGGCGUGUGCAGAAAGUAGCCCAUCACAACUUUUUCCAGCUGAUCCGUCGAUAGCGCCUGCUAAAUUCAGGGCGUCAAUGUUGUUGAGAAAAGUAGCAAAACUUUUGUAAUUGUCGAUGGCUAACGUUAUAUCUUUCAAAAAAGACGCGGUAGAAAGGAUUAUCCACACAUACUUAGCAGCUCACGUUAUAGACAAAAGCAUGCUACAUGGCAGACCAAUCCAAACUCAUCUCCCGGCAUGUCCAGUCCAACCAUUAUCUCAGCCAAUCAUGGCUAGCGGGAAGGUUCCUGUCUUUUUCCGUGGCUAAACCAACUAGGCUUGUAAUUUAACAAUUGUAUUUGUAUUUACAGAUGGAAUACAAGUUUGUUAUUAAGGCACAUGAAAGUUCACAUGUCCAGAAGGUAUUUCUGCCCCAAAACGCAUUUAGAUAAAAAAAAAUACGUUCAAAUGCCUCUCCUGUGAAGUAGUGAGGUGCGACAUACGCCUAGCUCCUGAAAGGGUCACGUGCUUUAUUUGUUCACUUCAUACCAGGUGGGGAAUGAAGGGUGGAGGUGUACCACUUUAUUUAGUCCCCUAAAUACGUGGUAAUUAUUUUUUCGCAAUUUUGUUACAUAAUUUCAAGUAAUUAGAAAGUUAUCAGUGGUAAUAGGACUGUAAAAACUACCAACUCUAGUUUGGGAUAUUCUUUCAGGAUUCAUAACUUUGCAGUUGCACCCAAAUCCUCCUAAGCGUUCACUUACAUUGAAAGAUACUCCUUCAUGGACAUUUCAAUUGGUAUUCUUAUGGCUAAGUGGUUGACAUUUUUUCCAGUUCAUGAUUUGUCACACUUGAUGUAGUCUUCACUUUGGAUCCACCUCUUGUCUGAAUGUGUUUCGAUGUUUUCCCAUUUUGUCAGAUUAGUCGUUUAGUACAAUAGAGGACACAUGCGCACACACACAAUUUUCCUCACAUAUAAACACACACACACACACACACACACACACACACACACACACACACAAACGUGCAGCACCAAAGAGGGGACACGGGGACACACUUCCCCUCUUACGUCACUGGGCCUGUGGGAACAGCUAGGUUGGGCCAUACGCAAGGUUAUCCCCUCACUUCUUUCCCACGCUCUGUGGUGAAGUUUCCCCUAGGUGCAGAUCUAGGAUCAGCUUCCCCUCUCACAAUUCUAACCGUAACCAUUACUGGGGAAAAUUCAAAAACUGACCUAGGAUCAGCAUCUAGGGGGUAACUCAAUUGAUAUACUGUAAGAAUAUCAAUUUAAAUGUCCAUGAAGGAGCUGGUCCUCAUUAAUGUCCCGUAGGUCACUUAAUUACUCUGUCUUUGUUUACAAGCUCUACUACACAAGCUUCUGACUUACUUAACUUUGUUGAAGUAUAAAAACAUGAGUUACAAAACGCAUUCACAGGGUUGGUUAACUCUUGAGGUUCCUCGGGUCUCCACCGAAUUAGGUAAAUCCGCUUUUAGUUUUAAUGCGCCCCACUGCUGGAACAAUUUGCAGAUCUCAUUAAAAUUGGAUGUUCUGGUGCCGCUCGGGCAGUUUAAGGUGUUGAUUGAAAACCUAGUAGCUGAGAAAUGUAACUUGUUUAUGAUUGUGUAUUUGCUUUUUGUGUCUUUUUUAAAAUAUUAACAUGUAUUUAUGCAUGUGUAGUUUUAAAUGUGUAUAUUGUAUCUUUGUGUAUUGUGUACACAGUUCUCACCUGGAAAUGAGACCCUUGGUCUCAGUGCAAGACUAUCUGUUAAAAUAAAGUUACAAUAAAAACAUUAAUAAAUUCACCCUACUCCCUUUCCUACGACGAGAUCACAAUACACCGGCCUUGUGGCCCCAAAAUGGUCGCCGGUAUAGUCUUAAAAUCUUACCGCAAUGCUGGCACAGAAUGCUCCCUUAGCUGCCAAGACAGGAGUCGGUAGAAGUUUCCACCUAACCACUGACACAAGGUCAGAUUUUUGGGGUCAAAUAACUAAUAAUGGUGGUCCUCUGUGGCUCACAUGGUGAACACAUGGUGCUAGCAACACUAAAGUUGUGGCUUCAUUUGCUGCUGGGAUCACAUAAACAUACAGUAUAGUGACUGAAUACAUUUUUUGUAAGUUGCUUUGGGUAAUGGCAUAUAAUAGUUUGGGUAAAUGGUAAUCUCCUCCUAGAUCUUUGGUUUGGAGCGUCUACUUGAAGCGUCAAAGCCACUGACCUCUGCAUUAUUGACCUCUCUCUGACCUCUAUCUACAGGGCGGUGCAGCCGUCAGAGCUGGUGGGCAGCGUGUGGACGAAGGAGGACAAGGAGCUGAACUCGCCCAACCUUCUGCGCAUGAUCCGCCACACCACCAACCUCACGUUGUGGUUCGAAAAGUAAGAGUGCCCAUUUUGUGUUUUGGCAGCACAAAGAAGCGGUCCUCAUGUGAAACGAGACCAUGAUACUCCUUACACUUGCAGUGUUGACAAAACAUUUGCUAUGAUGAAUUUAUAAUAUGGCAUGAUAUCAGUAUAUUAUGUAGCUGUUAUGUAGCUCAAUGUAUACUGAACAAAAAUAUCAACACAACAUGUAAAGUGUUGGUCCCAUGUUUCAUGAGCUGAAAUAAAAGAUCCCAGAAAUGUUCCAUACGCACAAAAAGCUUAUUUCUCUCAAAUGUUGUGCACAAAUGAGUUUACAUCCCUGUUAGGGAGCAUUUCUGCCAAGAUAAUCCAUUCAUCUGACAGGUGUUGCAUAUCAAGAAGCUGAUUAAACAGCAUGUUCAUUACACAGGUGCACCUUGUGCUGGGGACAAUAAAAGGCCACUCUAAAAUGUGCAGUUUUGUUCCACAACACAAUGCCACAGAUGCCUCAAGUUUUGAGGGAGCAUGCAAAUGGCGUGCUCACUGCAGCAAUGUCCACCAGAGCUGUUGCCAGAGAAUUUAAUGUUGAUAUCCAUAGAUUAGGGCCUAAUGAAUUUCCUUAUAUGAACUGUAACUCAAUAAAAUCGUUGAAAUUGUUGCAUGUUGCGUUUAUGUAUUUGAUCAGUAUAGUUAUGUCAUGUCCUUUAGUGCAAUGCAUACAGGUGUUAUGAAUGCUUUAUGCAGGUGGCAGAAUUUAACCCUAAACAAGGCUGCGAUUACUCCUAUCCUCCCCAUGUUGACUCUCAAGGGGAAAAGGAAACAAACAUUUGGGACUGUUCUUUGUGAAUGAGCUGCUAAUCCCUGUCUGAUUUUACGUGUGAUAUCACACUAGGCUUGAUAUCUCCUGAGACAUCCUGAUUAGUUUUCAGGGGCCACUGAAUUGGUUGUGUGAAAUGUGUCCUUACACUGACUUAAUAGCUCACCAUGUUACCAAAUGAGGACUAACAGGUCAUUAUGAUGUUACUAAUUAACACAUUUGGGAGCAUUAAAAUGUGCCAAUAAGUAUUUUCUUUCAGCUGUGGAAGUUAUUGACCUAACUAUGCAGACCUGAGUCAUGUUUAUUAGGGCAUGCAGCAGAAAACGUUUUGCAAUUCAAAACAAAAAUGUAUGUUUCUUGUUGGACAAAUCCAGGUAGUCCCUCCCUGUUUGUCAGUUGUCCGUUUGGUGCCUAUUGAACACGGCCCUGGCCCCUGGGUUUAAAUAGCAUUUGUUUUCAAUGUACUACGUUCUCCACCAGGUGUAUCGUAGAGACGGAGAAUCUGGAAGAGCGGGCGGCAGUUGUGGCGCGUAUCAUCGAGAUCCUGCAGGUGUUCCAGGAGCUCAACAACUUCAACGGCGUGCUCGAGGUGGUCAGUGCCAUGAACUCCUCGCCCAUCUACCGGCUAGACCACACCUUCGAGGUGAGGAAGGCCGGAGGGGUUCUUUCUGCAAGGUGUUGUUGUUAGGAAAUAGUGUGAUAACACUUUCUUGGUACUAUCUGGCAGUGCAUAAAUCCAAUGAAGAUUUAAUCAUGCGGUACCAAAUAAGUGCCUAGUGUUGAUGAGUAUUGUAAUUAGUAAGUAUCUACGUUGAGGUAACACAAAAUGACGGAUUUCUUCUCAAUAGACACACUUUGCCUCUGUGUACCAUAGAGACACAUCUGUAGGACGAAAUCUUUAACACUUGUUUUGACUGUGAACUUUCGCUUCCUCUCUAGCAAAUUCCAAGCCGACAGCGGAAGAUACUGGAGGAGGCCCACGAACUGAGCGAGGACCACUACAAGAAGUACCUGGCAAAACUACGCUCCAUCAAUCCCCCCUGUGUCCCCUUCUUUGGUAUGUUCUAGAGCAGUGUUUCUCAACCUUUUUGAUACCAGGGACCAGGAAGCUAUGGUCCCUUUUGUCUCAGAGACUCACAAGUAAUGUAUAGUUUUUCUUUUGUAACAGCAGUACUGUGUGUCUAAGACAAUUUCCCCCUCGGGAACAUUAAAGUUGAUCCUAUCCUAUGCUAUCCUAAGCUAGGGUUUUUCCUCAUUGGAGGACCACUUACAUUAAAACUAGUGUUGGUUAACCAUCUCGGGGACCGGCCAGCAACAUUCCACGGACCGGUGCCAGUCCAUCAUUACUCCACUCUCUCAUGUCUUUUCUCUCUCUCUUUCUCUCUCCUCAGGGAUCUACUUGACGAACAUCCUGAAGACGGAGGAAGGCAACCCUGACUUCCUGAAGAGGCAUGGCAAGGAGCUGAUCAACUUCAGCAAGCGACGGAAAGUGGCCGAGAUCACCGGGGAGAUCCAGCAGUACCAGAACCAGCCCUACUGCUUACGGGUGGAGAGCGAUAUCCGGGUGAGGAGCGAAAACAGUGAUGUCGCACGUUCAGUUGAAGUUGGUUCCCACUAUAUGGCCAGCCUGCAUAGUCAACAUGUUUGGAGAAAGCAUCAUACUUCUGGCUUUGCAGCAUGGUCCGACCCAUCGACCUUUCACAAAUACCAUUUAGUUACGUGGAAUAUGAAUGGGUGUAAAUAUGAGUAACACAAGGAAGUAAUAUAAGUCAUAUGAAACAUAAUUUCGCUUGUUUCCUUUCAUGAUUUCAUCUCUACAAUUACCAUGUACAGUUAAUAGUUUGCCAAGUCAUAAGUCAUAGCAACCUCUUAGUUUUUUAUUAGAUAUACAUUUAGUGAUGCUUCCUAGCUUCAACUUUAGUCUCAUUGACAUCAAUGCAUGACUAAGUGAAAAUUAGACGAGUGGAAGUUAGGAUUCACCACUUCGUAGAGAGUUACUGCCACCCCGCUCCCGACAUGUACUAUUUGGUUGUUUAUCCAUUGUCCCCAAUCACCCACACCCUUGUCUAUCGUCAUUAGGACAACAAUGUACAGUGGGGAAAAAAAGUAUUUAGUCAGCCACCAAUUGUGCAAGUUCUCCCACUUAAAAAGAUGAGAGAAGCCUGUAAUUUUCAUCAUAGGUACACGUCAACUAUGACAGACAAAUUGAGAAAAGAAAUUCCAGAAAAUCACAUUGUAGGAUUUUUAAUGAAUUUAUUUGCAAAUUAUGGUGAAAAAUAAGUAUUUGGUCACCUACAAACAAGCAAGAUUUCUGGCUCUCACAGACCUGUAACUUCUUCUUUAAGAGGCUCCUCUGUCCUCCACUCGUUACCUGUAUUAAUGGCACCUGUUUGAACUUGUUAUCAGUAUAAAAGACACCUGUCCACAACCUCAAAUAGUCACACUCCAAACUCCACUAUGGCCAAGACCAAAGAGCUGUCAAAGGACACCAGAAACAAAAUUGUAGACCUGCACCAGGUUGGGAAGACUGAAUCUACAAUAGGUAAGCAGCUUGGUUUGAAGAAAUCAACUGUGGGAGCAAUUAUUAGGAAAUGGAAGACAUACAAGACCACUGAUAAUCUCCCUCGAUCUGGGGCUCCACGCAAGAUCUCACCCCGUGGGGUCAAAAUGAUCACAAGAACAGUGAGCAAAAAUCCCAGAACCACACGGGGGGACCUAGUGAAUGACCUGCAGAGAGCUGGGACCAAAGUAACAAAGCCUACCAUCAGUAACACACUACGCCGCCAGGGACUCAAAUCCUGUAGUGCCAGACGUGUCCCCCUGCUUAAGCCAGUACAUGUCCAGGCCCGUCUGAAGUUUGCUAGAGUGCAUUUGGAUGAUCCAGAAGAGGAUUGGGAGAAUGUCAUAUGGUCAGAUGAAACCAAAAUAGAACUUUUUGGUCAAAACUCAACUCGUCGUGUUUGGAGGACAAAGAAUGCUGAGUUGCAUCCAAAGUACACCAUACCUACUGUGAAGCAUGGGGUUGGAAACAUCAUACUUUGGGGCUGUUUUUCUGCAAAGGGACCAGGACGACUGAGCCGUGUAAAGGAAAGAAUGAAUGGGGCCAUGUAUCGUGAGAUUUUGAGUGAAAACCUCCUUCCAUCAGCAAGGGCAUUGAAGAUGAAAUGUGGCUGGGUCUUUCAGCAUGACAAUGAUCCCAAACACACCGCCCGGGCAACGAAGGAGUGGCUUCGUAAGAAGCAUUUCAAGGUCCUGGAGUGGCCUAGCCAGUCUCCAGAUCUCAACCCCAUAGAAAAUCUUUGGAGGGAGUUGAAAGUCUGUGUUGCCCAGCGAUAGCCCCAAAACAUCACUGCUCUAGAGGAGAUCUGCAUGGAGGAAUGGGCCAAAAUACCAGCAACAGUGUGUGAAAACCUUGUGAAGACUUACAGAAAAUGUUUGACCUGUGUCAUUGCCAACAAAGGGUAUAUAACAAAGUAUUGAGAAACUUUUGUUAUUGACCAAAUACUUAUUUUCCACCAUAAUUUGCAAAUAAAUUCAUAAAAAAUCCUACAAUGUGAUUUUCUGGAGAAAAAAAAAUCUCAUUUUGUCUGUGUACCUAUGAUGAAAAUUACAGGCGUCUCUCAUCUUUUUAAGUGGGAGAACUUGCACAAUUGGUGGCUGACUAAAUAUUUUUUUCCCCCACUGUAUAUGUCUUUCUGACGACUCCCUCUUGCUCUGCUUUGUGUAACACAGAAGUUCUUUGAAAACCUCAAUCCAAUGGAGGACAAGGCAGAGAAGGAGUUUGCUGACUAUCUGUUCAACAAGUCGCUGGAGAUCGAGCCUCGGAAUGCCCGGUCGUUGCCUCGAUUUGUAAGUGUCUUGUUCCUCUCCUUACGGUUCACAUGAUUAUCCUCUCUCGGACUCCUUAUGCAGCUUGAUUAGUUGUUGUAUUUCAAACCUUUGUUAGAAUGACAUUGGAACUUCAUGAGUUAAGAUGAAAAGUACUAUUUGUCCAUUAUUCAUUUUUGUAUAUUUUCAUAAUUUAGCAGACUCUCUUAUCCAGAGUGAGUUACAGUAGUGAGUUCAUACAUUUUCAUACUGGCUCCCCGUGGGAAUCGAUCCCACAACCCUGACGUUGCAAGCGCCAUGCUCUACCAACUGAGCGGCACUGGACCACACUGAGCCACGCUUAAGCAUGUGUGGCUCCAUGUAUACUCUUAAGCAGUGAUGUCUCAUGACAUUUCCAACACACCUGGUUCUCUUUACCCAAGAAGAUACAAAGCUAACUCAGACACGCACAAUACAUGUGCACACACACUGACUGAUGCAAUAAUAGAAAUCCACAAGAAAAAUAUGGAAAGCUAACUCAGACACAUAUAAUGGCACAGACUAGACAAGCACAUAUGUACCACAUGUGUACCAAAAGGUGGGGCUGUUGUCAACACUUUGCAAACUGGCAAUAAGUAGCUGACAAAUAACACUUAAUUAAGUCCACAUUUCCAAAUGGAAUAAGUAGGCUUCUGCAAAUGUUCAACUUAUUUGCUGGACUUACAAGCACGUGGGAAUACAAUAACAGACAAAAACUUGUAGUAGUUUAAUUUUAGCUAACAUCAUGGUUCGUUUGAACUUUGCUGGAACAGCUGUUUGACAGUGUCAUCUUCUGUGUCUGCGCUCACUUCAUACCUGACAACAGUGCAGCGUUUUGUCGAUCAUCGCCAUCUGGUGUUCAGAGUUAUAACUGCAAACCAGGGGCUCUGGAUAGGUUUAAUAAGAGCGGCUAAAAUCCUAUGCUAACCGCAGGGGGUAUUACUUUGAAUUGCAUUGAAUGAGGCUGCUUGAGAAGCGCUCUGAAAUGCUGGAACUACGUUGCCGAUUUUCGGCACUUUUUCAAUUUUGUAAUCUAAAUGCAGCUAUUUAUAUACACAUAAACUUGAUAUUAUUACAAUAUUUUAUAAUUAUAUUACUUUUUUGUAAAUCCAUUUUUAUCUCAUUGCUGCCAGGUGGGGCGGCGUCCGAGCGCUCUAUAUGGACGCAACGCCCCUGCUAUUAAGGUAGAAAAAAGACUGAAAAUUUGUCAGCAGAAUUGAUACCUAUAACAAUUUCAGGUAACUGCCAAAAUAAAGGAAACACUUGAGUAAAUGAGGGAAAUAAGGUAUAUUGAAAGCAGUUGCUUCCACACAGGUGUUCCUGAGCUAAUUAAGCAAUUAACAUCCCAUCAUGCUUAGGGUCAUGUAUAAAAAUGCCCAGUUGCCCAUUAUUUUGGCUACCAUGGCUAGAAGAAGAGAUCUCAGUGACUUUGAAAGAGGUGUCUCAAAGGUGCAUAGAGUGUAUAAAGGGAGUGUGUGUGUGUGUGUCAGUCACCAGAUCUCAACCCAAUUGAACACUUAUGAGAGAUUCUGGAACGGCACCAAAUUAUGGAAUUUCUCAUGGAAGAAUGGUGUCACAUCCCUCCAAAAAGUUCUAAACACUUGCAGAAUCUAUGCCAAGGCAUAUUGAAGCUGUUCUGACUGCCUUUGGUGGCUCCACACCCUAUUAAGACACUUUAUGUUGGUGUUUGUUUAUUUUGGCCGUUACCUGUAGGUACCUCACCAACCAGAUAGUCCCUCAAUCUCUGACAUUUAAUUGAUCAAUUAGCUACCAGAUAGAAAAGAACCAGCAGUACUUGAGGGCUGAGGGUCUGUAGUUGAGUAGCCCUGAUAAACAUUGUAGAAGUGUUGCCCUGACUCCUCCUUCACCUCUCUUCCCCCCCCCCUCUCUCCCUUUCUCUUUCCAGCCCAAGAAGUACAACUGCCCCCUCAAGUCGCCCGGCGUGCGACCGUCCUCGGUGCGCCCGGGCACCAUGCGCCAUCCGACGCCACUGCAGAAUGAGCCGCGCAAGAUCAGCUACAGCCGCAUCCCUGACAGCGAGAUGGAGAGCGCCGCCUCGGCGCCCAACUCGCCGCGCACUCCCCUCACGCCGCCGCCGGCCUCGGCUGCCUCCAGCUCCACGGACAUUGGCAGCGUGUUCGACUCGCCCCAGGGCCCCUCCAGCCCCUUCCACUCAAGUAGGUGGUCCUUCGAGCCGGACGGGGGAGCGGGUUGGGUGGGGAUCAGAGGGGAGGUUGGGAGGAGCGCAGUCAGAGCUUAUGAGGAAGUGUUUGAGAGUUUGUUAAACACAGUUUGAGAUUUUGAAUUUAAGGGAGUACCUAAAGGAAAUCGCCCUGUUUAAAAACUGUCAAAAUGCUUCCUUCCUCCCCUCCUUGGAGUAAUCACUGAUCUAAGAUGAUAAGUGGUUAGAUAGGUUUAAUGCAAAGUGUUCAACUUCUUAGCUUUCACCGAUCCAGUCAUGUCAGAUCAGUGAUUACUCCAAGGAAGGGAGGAAGGAACAAUGCAUGCAAGACCAGUCAGAGUGCAAUUGAGUGUUAUCGCUGUGAAAUGUUUGACGCCGACAUGGAUAAUGCUAGUAUUCCGAUUUUAUCCGUUCUGAGCACAGCCAACGGAAUACAACACAACACAACCACUUGCCCUGAAGAUACUAACUCUGAACUAACCCAUUCUACAUUACCCUGUAACUCGCAUUAUAUCAGUAACUUUCCCAUUUUCAGAACUCCGUUAUAACAAGGUGUGUGUGGGGAGGUGAUGACACCCGCAGUCCUUUCAGAAUUGUGAACAGUGAACACAUAAAGGGGUUAAUGGGUGAUAGGUUGGGUGGUCCGAAAUGAAACUAGUCCAUCCGCCUCAGUCUCUCCUCCUCUCAGGGCCUUUUCUCUCUCUUCUCUUCUCUUCUCUUUUCUCUCCUUCGGCCUCUCCCUCCGUCCAGACUGCGACAGCAUCUUUGCCCCGGUCUCCUUACCACACGGCCCACGUUAGUAUGACCCUCUCAAAGCCUUCCUGUUGUCAGUGUCCCCUCACCACCCCUCCACCCACACCCCAUCCAAGCUACUACAUCAACCCGCCCCCCGCCUCUCACUCAUUCUGACCCUCCCAAGCCCAACUUGCCUCUCCCUACCCGCAUGCAACUGACAUCCACCUCAUUACUCCCAUCUCCGCCCACCAUUGCGCCUGUCUCCAUGGCAAAAAACUCUCUGUCGUCUGUGUGUGUUUCGUAGCUCCAAGUAGUCGUUGCCCACAGAUACAGAUCUAGGAUCAGUUUACCCCGCUUUGAAUCCUGACUCUAACCAGUAUACUGGCCAGCUAAACUGACCUUAGAUCAGUGUCACCCCCUCCUGUUCUCCUGUCCUGAAUUCAUUGUCAUUGUGAGGUGUUGCUCUAAGCAUCCUUGUACAACAUCACUCUGUGGUAUAUAGUUAGUAGUAGUUGUAUGUAGUAGAAACCGUAGUAAUAUGCAUUAUUGAAGUUGGUCAACGUGAUUGCUUCCUCGAACAUAAUACUUUAGUGGUGUCUUUGUAUACCGUUCCCGAAAGUAGAGUGUCUAUUACCCAUCCAUUCAUCAUCCUCUUUCUCUAGUUUUUCAUUUUCCAAGUUUUCAAUGCUUGUUUUUACUCCAUUCUUCGUGGGCCUGAAUGUCUGCAGAUAUUUUCAUCCUUUGAAGUCAGUGUAUGAUUAAGACCUAGGAAACAGUCAAGUGCCAGGCAAAAUAGAGAACCCCAGACACUCAGUUGCCCAUCCCUGAGUUGUAGAGUCCUGUAUGGGAUGGAUUUGGGGAAUUAGGGUUAAAUAUGUGUGAUUACUGUCUUCUUGUAAGGCUUAGUUUGAGUUAACCUCAUUUCCUUCUAUUCCAGGGUCCUCCUCGGUUUCCUCCAUGGUGAGUCUCCACAGGAGCACUGAAGACGCCACCGUCCCCCCACCUGUGCCCCCUCGUAGACGCCCCGAAUCCGCCCCCACUGAAUCUUCCCCUUCGAAGGUGACUCUAUUUUUACCUGUUUGCGACCUAAAGUUUUUCUGAGACUGUACUGUACCAUUAGGAUGAUUCUCGAUUGAUUGAUUGAUUGAUUGAUUGAUUGAUUGAUUGAUUGAUUGAUUCAAGAGUGUAGAUGUGGAAUGCUAAAUAUCCAAUGAAACACAGCUAAGUUCCACUGUGAGUAAUUUCUGGAGAUUUGGAUGACAUUUCCGAGAGUUUGUCGAGUCAUACUCCCUCACUCUCCAUAACGUUUGUGCUUCUCCUCCUUUCUCCUUUUCCACCUGCACGUCUCUCACAUUCCAGAUGAUGUCAAAGCACUUGGACAGCCCCCCCGCCAUCCCCCCGCGGCAGCCCACCACCACCAAGGUCUACUCGCCGCGCUACUCGCUCUCGACCGAGCGCACCUCCGUGUCGGAGCCGCCUGACAGCCCACCCACCCUGCCGCCGCGGGAGCCCGUGAGAACGCCGGACGUCUUCUCCAGCUCCAACAGCCCCCUGCACCUGCAGCCACCCCCGCAGGGCCGCGUCCGCAGCAGCGAACCCACGCUGAGCCAGACCUUCUUCCCCCCCUCGCCGUUCGGCCCGCUCACCCCGCCGCCGCCCCCCCACUCCCUCGCCCUCGCUGGGGCCGCGCAAGCACCUGCCCUCCCCGCCCUUGCCACUGCUGGGGCCCGGCGGCCCAGACUGCUACGGCGACUCAGCCCUCCUCUCUCCGGGGGGUGCAUCUGGGCCCCCUGUGCCCCCCCGCCAGAGCACCAGCAGCGCCACCGCUCAAGUCAUCCCCAAGCUCCCCCCCAAAACGUACAAAAGGGAGUCGGUGUCACACCCAUCCCUAGUGCAUCGGGACGGCCCGCCCCUGCUGGAGAAUGCCAACCCCUCUUAAAAAGACUUGUGUAUGUGAUUUGGGGGGUGGGGGAAAUGAGCGAACACUAA